CGUUGGGUGGGUGGAUUGUUGUCUGGCCGGCACCACCAGGCUGGCAGAGGAGGUCAUGGAGGAGGUGUGCUGCAGGUUCACCCACUAUCCACGCAACCAGACCAGCUCCCUCACCCGCUGCAGACUGGUAAGACCUGCGCACGCUGGACUGGAGUUGGUAGAAUACCUGAUCGAUGGGAUAUAGAAGCUGAACUGGUCACAUUGACUGUGUGUGGUUUGGUUGUUAGCAGGGCAUUGGUGGCUGCUCUUUGUCUGUUUUAGAUUUAUUGGCCUUGUGUGUGUCUUGAGUCUCUCAUUGAUGGGAUGGUUUUCUUGGUUGAUUAAUGAACCACUGGGCUGUUGUAACAUUAUCCAGGUUGACUGGUGGUUUAGUCCAUCUACCAGAGGUGAGGUGAUCAUUAUUGAGUGGUGUCUAGUAGUAGCUUGAAAACAAAUCUGCGUCCUGAAAGAGAACAACAAAAGUGAUCAAUUUUUCUUUCAAUUACAGCUUAUCUUCAUUGAUCCUCAUCUCAUUUCGCCAGGGGACAAAUUGUUUCAGUAUAUUUAUGAAAGGAAUUACCCACAAUGUUUUGAUGACAAAUAGAUAUUUUCGUCUGUGUUUUAAUGAAGAACAUUCUUUAAUUUAGCUUCUAAGCAAAGUCGCUAAGCUUGAGUGAGAGUGUCUCUUUGUGUGUGUGUGUGUGUGCGCCCGUGCGUGCGUGUUUGUGUGUGUGCGUGACAGACAGACCGAGACAGACAGACCGAGACAGACAGACUGAGACAGACAGACCGACCGAGACAGACAGACCGACCGAGACAGACAGACAGACAGACCGACCGAGACAGACAGACAGACAGACAGACAGACAGACCGACCGACCGAGACAGACAGAGAGAGACAGACAGACAGACUGGCACAGUUAAGGUAAUUAAGAGGAAUCUGGGAGGCCAGGCAGUGUGCAUGCAUUGUCAAAUGGCUCCCUAUAUAGUGAACCAUUUUUGGGGCCCUGGUCAAAAGUAGUGCACUAAAUAGGGAGAGGGCGCCAUUUAAGAUGCAGUCACUGGUCCAGAUUUACUGUCACAACUCCAUCUGUCUCCGUCUCUCGAAGGUCACACGACAACCAUAAAACACCCUUUUCCUCAAACCAUCAAGAAAUGUGACCUUUCACAGAGGGACAGUUCCACACUCCCCAAUUAUAAUCCUCUUAAGUUUUGUCUCCUCUUAAUUUUAAUGAUGUAGCCUACUAUAUCAAGCCUGGGCCAAGCUGACCGUACACAGGCAGCUGCAACAACACUGAGCGUGUGCGACUGUGUACAGCAGGGUUCCCCAUAUACACUGAAAAAAUAUAUAAACGCAACAUGUAAAGUGUUGGUCCCAUGUUUCAUGAGCUGAAAUAAAAUAUCCCAGAAAUGUUCCAUAUGCACAAAAAGCUUGUUUCUCUCAAAUUUGUUUACAUCCCUGUUAGUGAGCAUUUUGUCCUUUGCCAAGAUAAUCCAUCUACCUGACAGGUGUGGCAUAUCAAAAACCUGUUCAUUACACAGGUGCACCUUGUGCUGGGGACAAUAAAAGGCCACUGUAAAAUGUGCAGUUAUGUCACUCAAGACAAUGCCACAGAUGUCUCAAGCGUACAAUAGGCAUGCUGACUGCAUGAAUGUCCACCAGAGCUGUUGCCAGAGGAUUUAAUGUUAAUUCCUCUACCAUAAGCCGCCUCCAACGUCGUUUUAGAGAAUUUGGCGGUACGUCCAACCGGCCUCACAACUGCAGACCGAACAGUUUGCUGAUGUCAACGUUGUGAACAGAGUGCCCAAUGGUGGCGGUGGGAUUAUGGUAUGGGCAGGCAUAAGCUACGGACAAUGAACACAAUUGCAUUUUGCCGAUGGCAAUUUGAAUGCACAGAGAUACCAUGACGAGAUCCUGAGGCCCCUUUGUCGUGCCAUUCAUCCGCCAUCACCUCAUGUUUCAGCAUGAUAUUUUUGCAAGGAUCUGUACGCAAUUCCUGGAAGCUGAAAAUGUACCAGUUCUUCCAUGGCCUGCACACCAGACAUGUCACCCAUUGAGCAUGUUUGGGAUGCUCUAGAUCGACGUGUAUGACAGCAUGUGCCAGUUCCCGCCAAUAUCCAGCAACUUCCCACAGCCAUUGAAGAGGAGUAGGACAACAUUCCACAGGCCACAAUCAACAGCCUGAUCAACUCUAUGCAAAGGAGAUGUGUCGCUCUGCAUGAGGCAAAUGGUGGUCACACCAGAUACUGACUGGUUUUCUGUUCCACGUCUCUACUUUUUUAAAUGUAUUUUUUAUCUCUGACCAACAGAUGUAUAUCUGUAUUCCCAGUCAUGUUAAAUCCAUAGAUUAGGGACUCAUUUAUUUAUUUCAUUUGACUGAUUUCCUUAUGAACUGUAACUCAGUAAAAUCAUUUAAAUUGUUGCAUGUUGCGUUUUAUAUUUUUGUUCUCUGUGUGUGUGUACGUACAGUGGGGAGAACAAGUAUUUGAUACACUGCCAAUUUUGCAGGUUUUCCUACUUACAAAGCAUGUAGAGGUCUGUAAUUGUUAUUAUAGGUACACUUCAACUGUGAGAGACGGAAUCUAAAACAAAAAUCCAGAAAAUCACAUUGUAUGAUUUUUAAGUAAUUAAUUUGCAUUUUAUUGCGUGACAUAAGUAUUUGAUCACCUACCAACCAGUAAGAAUUCCGGCUCUCACAGACCUGUUCGUUUUUCUUUAAGAAGCCCUCCUGUUCUCCACUCAUUACCUGUAUUAACUGCACCUGUUUGAACUCAUUACCUGUAUAAUAGACACCUGUCCACACACUCAAGUUUACACUAAGUUGACUGUGCCUUUUUAAACAGCUUGUAAAAUUCCAGAAAAUGAUGUCAUGGCUUUAGAAGCUUCUGAUAGGCUAAUUUACAUGAUUUGAGUCAAUUGGAGGUGUACCUGUGGAUGUAUUUCAAGGCCUACCUUCAAACUCGAUGCCUCUUUGCUUGACAUCAUGGGAAAAUCAAAAGAAAUCAGCCAAGACCUCAGGAAAAAAAUGUGUAGACCUCCACAAGUCUGAUUCAUCCUUGGGAGCAAUUUCCAAACGCCUGAAGGUACCGCGUUUAUCUGUACAAACAAUAGUACGCAAGUGUGAACACCAUGGCACCACGAAGCCGUCAUACCGCUCAGGAAGGAGACGCGUUCUGUCUCCUAGAGAUGAACGUACUUUGGUGCGAAAAGUGCAAAUCAAUCCCAGCACAACAGCAAAGGACCUUGUGAAGAUGCUGGAGGAAACAGGUACAAAAGUAUCUACAUCCACAGUAAAACGAGUCCUAUAUCGACAUAACCUGAAAGGCCGCUCAGCAAGGAAGAAGCCACUGCUCCAAAACCACCAUAAAAAAGCCAGACUACGGUUUGCAACUGCACAAAGAUCGUACUUUUUGGAGAAAUGUCCUCUGGUCUGAUGAAACAAAAAUAGAACUGUUUGGCCAUAAUCACCAUCGUUAUGUUUGGAGGAAAAAGGGGGCAUCUUGCAAGCCGAAGAACACCAUCCCAACUGUGAAGCACGGGGGUGGCAGCAUCAUGCUAUGGGGGUGCUUUGCUGCAGGAGGGACUGGUGCACUUCACAAAAUAGAUGGCAUCAUGAGGAAGGACAAUUAUGUGGAUAUAUUGAAGCAACAUCUCAAGACAUCAGUCAGGAAGUGAAAGCUUGGUCGCAAAUGGGUCUUCCAAAUGGACAAUGACCCCAAGCAUACUUCCAAAGUUGUGGCAAAAUGGCUUAAGGACACCAAAGUCAAGGUAUUGGAGUGGCCAUCACAAAGCUCUGACCUCAAUGCUGUAGAAAAUGUGUGGGCAGAACUGAAAAAGCGUGUGCGAGCAAGGAGGCCUACAAACCUGACUCAGUUACACCAGCUCUGUCAGGAGGAAUGGGCCAAAAUUCACCCAACUAAUUGUGGAAGGCUACCCGAAACGUUUGACCCAAGUUAAACAAUUUAAAGGUAAUGCUACCAAAUACUAAUUGAGUGUAUGUAAACUUCUGACCCACUGGGAAUGUGAUGAAAGAAAUAAAAGCUGAAAUAAAUCAUUCUCUCUACUAUUAUUCUUACAAUUCACAUUCUUUAAAUAAAGUGGUGAUCCUAAAUAACCUAAAACAGGGAAUUUUUACUUGGAUUAAAUGUCAGGAAUUGUGAAAAACUGAGUUUAAAUGUAUUUGUCUAAGGCGUAUGUAAACUUCCGACUUCAGCUGUAUAUAUGUGUGUGUGUGUGUGUGUGUGUAUGUAUGUGUAUAUACAGUGGGGAGAACAAGUAUUUGAUACACUGCUGAUUUUGCAGGUUUUCCUACUUACAAAGCAUGUAGAGGUCAUGGGUACACUUCAACUGUGAGAGACGGAAUCUAAAACAAAAAUCCAGAAAAUCACAUUGUAUGAUUUUUAAGUAAUUAAUUUGCAUUUUAUUGCAUGACAUAAGUAUUUGAUCACCUACCAAACAGUAAGAAUUCCGGCUCUCACAGACCUGUUAGUUUUUCUUUAAGAAGCCCUCCUGUUCUCCACUCAUUACCUGUAUUAACUGCACCUGUUUGAACUCGUUACCUGUAUAAAAGACACCUGUCCACACACUCAAUCAAACAGUCUCCAACCUCUCCACAAUGGCCAAGACCAGAGAGCUGUGUAAGGACAUCAGGGAUAAAAUUGUAGACCUGCACAAGGCUGGGAUGGGCUACAGGACAAUAGGCAAGCAGCUUGGUGAGAAGGCAACAACUGUUGGCGCAAUUAUUAGAAAAUGGAAGAAGUUCAAGAUGACGGUCAAUCACCCUCGGUCUGGGGCUCCAUGCAAGAUCACACCUUGUGGGGCAUCAAUGAUCAUGAGGAAGGUGAGGGAUCAGCCCAGAACUACACGGCAGGACCUGGUCAAUGAUCUGAAGAGAGCUGGGACCACAGUCUCAAAGAAAACCAUUAGUAACACACUACGCCGUCAAGGAUUAAAAUCCUGCAGCGCACGCAAGGUCCCCCUGCUCAAGCCAGCGCAUGUCCCGUCUGAAGUUUGCCAAUGACCAUCUGGAUGAUCCAGAGGAGGAAUGGGAGAAGGUCAUGUGGUCUGAUGAGACAAAAAUUGAGCUUUUUGGUCUAAACUCCACUCGCCGUGUUUGGAGGAAGAAGAAGGAUGAGUACAACCCCAAGAACACCAUCCCAACCGUGAAGCAUGGAGGUGGAAACAUCAUUCUUUGGGGAUGCUUUUCUGCAAAGGGGACAGGACGACUGCACCGUAUUGAGGGGAGGAUGGAUGGGGCCAUGCAUCGCGAGAUCUUGGCCAACAACCUCCUUCCCUCAGUAAGAGCAUUGAAGAUGGGUCGUGGCUGGGUCUUCCAGCAUGACAACGACCCGAAACACACAGCCAGGGCAACUAAGGAUUGGCUCCAUAAGAAGCAUUUCAAGGACAUCUCAUUUCAAGAACAUCUUUGGAGGGAGCUGAAAGUCCGUAUUGCCCAGCGACAGCCCCGAAACCAGAAGGAUCUGGAGAAGGUCUGUAUGGAGGAGUGGGCCAAAAUCCCUGCUGCAGUGUGUGCAAACCUGGUCAAGAUCUACAGGAAACGUAUGAUCUCUGUAAUUGCAAACAAAGGUUUCUGUACCAAAUAUUAAGUUCUGCUUUUCUGAUGUAUCAAAUACUUAUGUCAUGCAAUAAAAUGCAAAUUAAUUACUUUAAAAUCAUACAAUGUGAUUUUCUUGAUUUUUGUUUUAGAUUCCGUCUCUCACAGUUGAAGUGUACCUAUGAUAAAAAUUACAGACCUCUACAUGCUUUGUAAGUAGGAAAACCUGCAAAAUCGGCAGUGUAUCAAAUACUUGUUCUCCCCACUGUGUGUGUGUGUAUAAUAUUUUUUUUAUAUUUUUUUUGUGUGUGGAAUUUCCAUUGUUGGACAUAAGACUGUGAAAAAGACCAGGAAAUCAGCUCCAAGUGAUUUUAAUUGAAGAAAUCUGUACCCAAGUAUUCCCACACAUAAUAGAGAGACAAGUGAUCGUAUACAAAUGUGAGCAAGGUUUGAAAUUAUUGUUUUAGUCAAACAUAUUUGUUUGGGCUUCUUGCAGUCAAUUUGCAGUCUACAAAUUAUUUGUAAUUAUGUUCCGGCCCCCCGACCAUCCGCUCAAGAAAAAAUUAUCCCUCUGCUGAAUCUAGUUGAUGAUCGCUUGUGUGUCUCUGUCUGUCUGUAGUGUGUGUUCACCUGCGUGCCGUGCGAUAUUAACAGCCGGCCUCCUCUCUUCCUGUGUGUGUGUCUGAGCAGCUUCCUGGAGACCUAAACAAGAUGCACCUAACAGACCACCCCCACAGCCAGGGGAUGCACGUGCCGCCCAGCCAAUCAGGAUGCAGCAUCACCAGCGACUCGGGGAGCAGUAGCCUAUCAGACAUCUACCAGGUAGCCUAUACACUUAUUUCACCUUUCACAAACUGAGCUGACCGAGUAUACCGAUAACCUCACCUUUCAUAAGCUUUGAAGUUCCAUUGUUCUGUUUCAGUAAUGCGCCUAGCCUUUUGUUCUCUCAAUACUGUAUGACUUUGAAGUCAGUCUAUGCUUCAUUGCUUUCCUGGUGAAUGUUCUGUAUCUGCUUGCAUUUACAUUUACAUUUAAGUCAUUUAGCAGACGCUAAAUCCAGAGCGACUUACAGUUUAGUCACAUUAUUAUUAUUUAUACCCCCUGUGGGAAUCGAACCCACAACCCUGGCGUUGCAAACGCCAUGCUCUAUCAACUGAGCUACAUCCCUGCCGGCCAUUCCCUCCCCUACCCUGGACGACGCUGGGCCAAUUGCGCGCCGCCCCAUGGGUCUCCCGGUCGCGGCCGGCUGCGACAGAGCCUGGAUUCGAACCAGGAUCUCUAGUGGCACAGCUAGCAUUGCGAUGCAGUGCCUUAGACCACUGCGCUCUCUCUCCCCAGCCCUUCCCUAGCUCUCUCUCCCCAGCCCUUCCCUAGCUCUCUCUCCCCAGCCAUCCCCUAGCUCUCUCUCCCUAGCCAUCCCCUAGCUCUCUCUCCCCAGCCCUCCCCUAGCUCUCUCUCCCCAGCCCUCCCCUAGCUCUCUCCCUUCCCUAGCUCUCUCUCCCCAGCCCUUCCCUAGCUCUCUCUCCCCAGCCAUCCCCUAGCUCUCUCUCCCUAGCCAUCCCCUAGCUCUCUCUCCCCAGCCCUCCCCUAGCUCUCUCUCCCCAGCCCUCCCCUAGCUCUCUCUCCCCAGCCCUCCCCUAGCUCUCUCUCCCCAGCCCUCCCCUAGCUCUCUCUCCCCAGCCUUCCCCAAGCUCUCUCUCCCCAGCCUUCCCCUAGCUCUCUCUCCCCAGCCUUCCCCUAGCUCUCUCCUCAGCCCUCCCCUAGCUCUCUCUCCCCAGCCCUCCCCUAGCUCUCUCUCCCCACCCCUCCCCUAGCGCUCUCUCCCCACCCCUCCCCUAGCUCUCUCUCCCCACCCCUCCCCUAGCUCUCGCUCCCCAGCCCUCCCCUAGCUCUCUCUCCCUAGCCCUCUUGUUGCCCAUCCUCAUCCCUCUCUUCACGUCUCUCCCCCUGCUUCUCCAGUUCAAUGGAACAUGUCCUCUCCAUCCAUCCAUCUAUCCAUCCAGGGUUGCUAAUUAUAGUGUGUGUUGUUCUAAGGGCCCCUCUCUCCCUCGUGUAGUGUUGUGUGUUAAAGGGCAGGGUACAUAGGAAACAGACAGACCUGUCUGGCUCCCAGGACCCCGCUCCCUGCCCUCAGAACCCCCCCCCCCCCCCUCCUCCCCUACCGCAUCAUUUGCAUAUACCUCUAUAUAUCUCUAACCCCACUCCCACUCUUACCUUCUCUAACUCCAGUCCACCCCAACCCAUACCUUUAACCCAGCCCAACCUCUACCCCACCAUUACGCAUACCUUCUCUCUCACUUUUGAACCUGUCAUACUCAAGGAGUUCCUUGACCUCUCCCACCAACCAGGCUAUAUCUCCCUGUUCUCUCCUCCUCAUGGAGUCACCUGUCAUUGAUUCAGAAGAGCUCAGUCAGCUGUGUCCAGACGUUUACGUUGACUUGAGUCCAGCAGCUUCUAUUUCUGGCAGUUGGUGAGUUUAUUUUAUAGCUUGACCUCUCGUCGAGCCCUGAGCGGUGAGCUGCCAUACCUCCUCUCCUCUCCUCUCCUCUCCUCUCCUCUCCUCUCCUCUCCUCUCCUCUCCUCUCCUCUCCUCUCCUCUCCUCUCCUCUCCUCUCCUCUCCUCUCCUCUCCUCUUCUCUGUCUGUCAUUUGAUGGGAUGUCUCUGGCUCAGUCCCCUGUGCAGCCAGCAGGAACUGAUGUCCCUGUCAGUUUAGAUCUGGACCUGAUCUGAGACCUGUGGGCACAAAAUGUCUCUCUCUUUCUGUGUCGCUCUGUCUCUCUCUCUCUCUCAGCAGAAAACUAACAUGGCGAUAUCAGCAGUAAUGGUUCUCUCUCUCUCAUUUACAUUUUAGUCAUUUAGCAGGCGUGCUUAUUCAAAGUGACUUACAAUUAGUGCAUUAAUUUUAAGAUAGCUGUGUGAGACAACCACAUAUUACAGUCGUAGCAAGUACAUUUUCCCUUUUCACCCUCUCUCUCUCCCUCCCUCCUCCGCAUGCUGAAAGAACAGAGCUGCCCUCCGUCUAACGCCCAGGCAAAAGCACAAGGGAUCCAGAGACGAGGCGAGAAAGACACUGAUCCUCUCAGGGUUUCACACUGUCUCUGUACAGACAGACUUUCUCAGGGUUUCAGUCUCUGUUCUGACAGACUUUCUCAGGGUUUCACGCCGUUUCUGUUCAGACAGACUUUCUCAGGGUUUUAUGCUGUUUCUGUUCAGACAUUCUCAGGGUUUUAUGCUGUUUCUGGUCAGACAGACUUUCUCAGGGUUUUACGCUGUUUCUGUUCAGACAGACUUUCUCGGGUAACAUUUCCUCUGGAUGGAAACAUUCCUUAUUACAAUCAAUCGCUUAUUCCGUCAAGGAAACAUCCCAUUUGAUCCUGUCCACUUCCAUUCCUGAAAGCACUGUGGAGUUGAACAGAGCAGUCAGGCAGGUUCAGUCUCUGUUACUGUGUACUAGUGGAGCGAAUAGACAGAUGGCCUUCAAUAUUGCUAUAGAGACUGGAGAGCUGGUCUCUUAACCUCAGGGUAGUGGGUUCAAAUCCCAGUUGAUCUGAUCCCUCCGUAGCCCUCGGCACCAGUUCAUUCCAACCAUCUGUCCAAACAGCAUGGAAAAUAUGGGCAGUAUGAAUAAUUAGUGGUGUAUGCAUAAUGCUUAGUGGGUUAUGUGUAGAAAAACCAAUAUAUCUGUCACCUCUGCAGGCUACAGAGAGUGAGAUGGGUGACGUGGACCUAUCGGGGCUACCGGAGGCAGCGGUGGACUCUGAGGAAGAGGAGGAGGAGGAUGAAGACCUGGAGAGGACGUCAGACACCCUGCUGGGUAGAGACCUGGUGAGGGAGUGUCUGGAGAAAGACCCGGUGGACCGCAACGAUGAUGACAUCGGUGAGCUGUUACGCGCUUCUCCUCUUUCUUGAAUACCCCCUUUACCCUCUGUCUUUCUCUCUCUCUUCCCCCCAACACCUUCCCUCCGUUUCUAUAAACACUGAGAUCUUCCCUGUUAGUCCCCUUUUUAUUUUUGCUGGGCAAUCAGCCAGGCCACCUCAUUAGAGAUGCAAGCCAGGGGUCCUCCUGAGGGGAAGGGGAAGCUGCCUGCCCACACAUCAGAGGACCCAGAGAGAGACCUGCCUGCUGGGGGGCUGUGGGACGCCUGGGUUGAAAGGCUUCUUUGCUGUUGGCUUGUUAGGCUGCAGACCCACUGAGAUAUGAAGGGAUGGGCAGGGAGUGUGGUUAGUGUGGCUCCACUACUGCAGGCUGGAGUCAGGUCACCGUGUUCUAUGGCACUGGAGAGGUGUGACUAGAGAAGUGGUCACGAUCGACUGGUCGAUUCCCCAGGCGCCAAUGACGUGGAUGUCGAUUUAAGAGGGGUUGGGUUAAAUGUGGAAGACACAUUUCAGUUAAAUGCAUUCAGUUAUACAACUGAUAAGGUACCCCUUUUCCAUUCUCCAAGGCAUUUGUAGUCGAUCGCCAAACAUUUCUGUAAAAAACCCAACGAUAAAGGCUUGCCUUCCUAAUAAUUUUUUAUUUGUCUCGCGCUGUUGGCGGUAGGUUCAGCUACAUGAGGCAGAAAUAAUGAGGUGCGACUUGAGUUUUCGCCAUCAGCUGGAAGACUGUGGCCCUUUUUGGUCAGUGUCAGCGGAGGAAAGGGAGAGCGGAGGGACGUUGCGAGGCGGACCCUCAGGCUGCUGCUCUCUCCCUCCAUCAGAUGCAGGCACCAUCAGUCCAGUGAAAUAAAAAUAAAAAGCUCAUUAUUUAAAUGUAUGCUGACUCAGCUGUGCCUCACAAGUAAUACAACAACUGAUCUAUUACCGGUGCGAUCAUAUAGCCUACCUCAAAUUUGUACAAUUUUUUUUUUGGGGGGGGGGGGUCAGAAAAACAGCUCAAUUCAAGCAAAGCCAAUAUUUGGUGAUCAUGUAUUGAGCCUAUAGCCUACUGCACAAACCUCAUUGUGACAGUAAUGUUUUUAAUAAGUUAAUGUUGCAUAGGUUUGCGUUUUUAUAAGUAAUAUUUAAAAAAAUCUGUGCGGUAGAUCUCGUCUUGCAUUUUGACUCGGUGAUCUUGACUCAGAAAAGGUUGGUGACUGCUGGACUGGAGGCUACAUGAUAACAGGGUGUAAUGCCCCCUCAGGGUGAGAGAGUAGGACGCAGGUGCUACAGUAUACACUCAUCAGUUACACAGCUGAUCAGACCACAGCUGAUCAGACCACAGCUGAUCAGACCACAGCUGUUCUCUCACUCUCUCCUUUUUCCUCCUUUUUCUUCCUUCAAUCUCUGUUACACCGCACCUCUCUCCUUCACUCCUUCCCCUCUCUCUCUUUCCCCCCCAUCCAGAACAACUGUUGGAGUUCAUGCACCAGCUGCCAGCCUUUGCUAACAUGACCAUGUCAGUGCGUAGGGACCUGUGUACUGUCAUGGUGUUUGAGGUGGUCGAGCAGGGGGGAACCGUCAUCCUACAGGACAAACAGGAGGUACGAACCCUAGACUUAGAACAUACCUACACACACAUUCUGUUUCUAUGGUACAGACAGACAGGCGGACGGACGGACAAACAACCAUUCCACAUCACUAGGGCUGACUGUGACGUUACCAGGAAAACGUUUGGGUUGCACCAGAUCUUAUUUAGGGGCUUCAUAGCAAAGGGGGUGAAUACAUAUGCACGCACCACUUUUCCGUUAUUUAUUUGUACAAUUUUUUAAAAUGUUUUUCUUUUUUUCAUUUCACCGCACCAAUUUGGACUAUUUUGUGUAUGUCCAUUGCAUGAAAUCCAAAUAAAAAAUCCAUUUAAAUUACAGGUUGUAAUGCAACAAAAUAGGAAAAACGCCAAGGGGGAUGAAUACUUUUGCAAGGCAUUGUAUGUACAUAUCCCAACCAGAAGCCAUGGAUUACAGGCAACAUCCGCACUGAGCUAAAGGCUGGAGCUGCCACUUUCCAGGAGCUGGACACUAAUCCGGACGCUUAUCAGAAAUCCCACUACGCCCUCCGACGAACCAUCAAACAGGCAAAGUGUCAAUACAGGACAAACAUCGAAUCCUACUAUACCGGCUCUGAUGCUCGUCGGAUGUGGCAGGGCUUGCAAACUACCACGGAUUACAAAGGGAAACCCAGCCUCGACCUGCCCAGUAAUGAGAGCCUACCGGAUGAGCUAAAUGUCUUCAAUGAGAGCUUCGAGGCUAGCAACACUGAACCAUGCAUGAGAGCACCAGUUGUUCCAGACGACUGUGUGAUCAUUCUCUCCGUAGCCAAUGUAAGUAAGACCUUUAAACAGAUUAACCUUCAGACAGAUUACCAGGAUGCGUACUUGAGCAUGCGCUGACCAACUAGCAAGUUUCUUCACUGACAUUUUCAACCUCUCCCUGACCCAGUCUGUAAUACCUACAUGUGCCCAAGAACACCAAGGUAACCUGUCUAAAUGACUAUUGCCCCAAAGCACUCACAUCUGUAGCCAUGAAAUGCUUUGAAAGGCUGGUCAUAGCUCACAUCAAAACCAUCAUCCCAGACACCCUGGACCUACUCCAAUUUGCAUACUGCCCCAACAGAUCCACAGAUGACGCAAUCGUUAUUGCACUCAACACUGCCCUUUCCCACUUGGACAAAAGGAACACCUUCGUGAGAAUGCUGUUCAUUGACUACAGCUCAGCAUUUAACACCAUAGUGCCCUCAAAGCUCAUCACUAAGGUAAGGCCCCUGAGACUGACCACCUCCCUCUGCAACUGGAUCCUGGACUUCCUGACAGGCCGCCCUCAGGUGGUGAGGGUAGGCAACAACACAUCUGCCAUGCUGACCCUCAACACGGGGGCCCCUAAGGGGUGCAUGCUUAGUCCCUUCCUGUACUCCUAGUUCAACCACGACUGUGUGGCCGCGCACGACUACAACACUAUCAUGAAGUUUUCUUCGACACGACGGUGGUAGGCCUGAUCACCGACGACAAUGAGACCGCCUAUAGGGAGAAGGUCAGAGACCUGCCAGUGUGGUGCCAGGACAACAACCUCUCCUUAAAUGUCAGAAAGACAAAGGAGCUGAUCGUGGACUACAGGAAACGGAGGGCUGAGCACGCCCCCAUUCACAUCGACAGGGCUGUAGUGUAGCGUGUCAAGAGCUUCAAGUUCUUCUGUGUCCACAUCACUAAGGAACUAUCAUGGUCCAAACACACCAACACAGUCGUGAAGAGGGCACGACAACGCCUCUUCCCCCUCAGGAGACUGAAAAGAUUUGGCAUGGGUCCUCAGAUCCUCACUGUCACUGUUACAUUGAUGCUGUUGACCCGGAUCACUGGUUGCUGCGGAAAAGGAGGAGGUCAAAAGGGGGGUGAGUGUAACCGGUGUGAAAUGGCUAGCUAGUUAGCGGUGCGCGCUAGUAGCAUUUCAAUCGGUGACGUCACUCGCUCUGAGACCUUGAAAUAGUUGUUUCCCUUGCUCUGCAAGGGCAGCGGCUUUUGUGGAGUGACAGGUAACGGUGCUUCGAGGGUGACUGUUGUCGAUGUGUGCAGUGGGUCCCUGGUUCAAGCCCAGGUAGAGGCGAGGAAAGGGACGGAAGCAACACUGUUACAUUAACAAACUAUAGUUUUGGCAAGUCGGUUAGGACAUCAAAGAGUCAAUACAGGACUAAGAUUGAAUCGUACUACACCGGCGCUGACGCUCGUCGGAUGUGGCAGGGCUUGAAAACUAUUACAGACUACAAAGGGAAGCACAGCCGCGAGCUGCCCAGUGACACAAGACUUCCAGACCAGCUAAACCACUUCUAUGCUCGCUUCGAGGCAAGCAACACUGAAGCAUGCAUGAGAGCACCAGCUGUUCCGGAUGACUAUGUGAUCACGCUCUCCAUAGCCGAUGUGAGUAAGACUUUUAAGCAGGUCAACAUUCACAAGGCCGCAGGGCCAGACGGAUUAACAGGACGUGUACUCCGAGCAUGUGCUGACCAACUGGCAAGUGUCUUCACUGACAUUUUCAACAUGUCCCUGACUGAGUCUGUAAUACCAACAUGUUUCAAGCAGACCACCAUAGUCCCCGUGCCCAAGGACUCUAAGAUAACCUGCCUAAAUGACUACCGACCCGUAGCACUGACGUAUGUAGCCAUGAAGUGCUUUGAAAGGCUGGUCAUGGCUCACAUCAACACCAUUAUCCCAGAAACCCUAGACCCACUCCAAUUUGCAUACCGCCCCAACAGAUCCACAGAUGAUGCAAUCUCUAUUGCACUCCACACUGCCCUUUCCCACCUGGACAAGAGGAACACCUACGUGAGAAUGCUAUUCAUUGACUACAGCUCAGCAUUCAACACCAUAGUGCCCUCAAAGCUCAUCACUAAGCUAAGGAUCCUGGGACUAAACACCUCCCUCUGCAACUGGAUCCUGGACUUCCUGACGGGCCGCCCCCAGGUGGUAAGGGUAGGUAACAACACAUCUGCCACACUGAUCCUCAACACGGGGGCCCCUCAGGGGUGCAUGCUCAGACCCCUCCUGUACUCCCUGUUCACCCAUGACUGCAUGGCCAGGCACGACUCCAACACCAUUAUUAAGUUUGCCGACGACACAACAGUGGUAGGCCUGAUCACCGACAACGAUGAGACAGCCUAUAGGGAGGAGGUCAGAGACCUGGCCGUGUGGUGCCAGGAUAACAACCUCUCCCUCAACGUGACCAAGACAAAGGAGAUGAUUGUGGACUACAGGAAAAAAAAGAAGACUGAGCACGCCCCCAUUCUCAUCGACGGGGCUGUAGUGGAACGGGUUGAGAGCUUCAAGUUCCUUGGUGUCCACAUCACCAACAAACUGUCAUGGUCCAAACACACCAAGACAGUCGUGAAGAGGGCACAACAAAGCCUAUUCCCCCUCAGGAGACUGAAAAGAUUUGGCAUGGGUCCUCAGAUCCUCAAAAGAUUAUACAGCUGCACCAUCGAGAGCAUCCUGACUGGUUGCAUCACCGCCUGGUAUGGCAACUGCUUGGCCUCCGACCGCAAGGCACUACAGAGGGUAGUGCGUACGGCCCAGUACAUCACUGGGGCCAAGCUUCCUGCCAUCCAGGACCUCUAUACCAGGCGGUGUCAGAGGAAGGCCCUCAAAAUUGUCAAAGACUCCAGCCACCCUAGUCAUAGACUGUUCUCUCUGCUACCUCACGGCAAGCGGUACCGGAGUGCCAAGUCUAGGUCCAAAAGACUUCUCAACAGCAUCUACCCCCGAGCCAUAAGACUCCUGAACAGCUAAUCAUGGCUACCCGGACUAUUUGCACUGCCCCCCCACCCCAUCUUUUUACGCAGCUGCUACUCUGUUAAUUAUUUAUGCAUAGUCACUUUAACUCUACCCACAUGUACAUAUUACUUCAACUACCUCAACUAGCCGGUGCCCCCGCACAUUGACUCUGCACCGGUACCCCCCUGUAUAUAUAUAGCCUCCCUACUGUUAUUUUAUUUUACUUCUGCUCUUUUUUUCUCAACACUUUUUUGUUGUUUUAUUCUACUUUUUUAUUAAAAAUAAAUGGUUAAGGGCUGUAAGUAAGUAUUUCACUGUAAUGUCUGCACCUGUUGUAUUCGGCGCAUGUGGCCAAUACAAUUUGAUUUGAUUUGAUCUACUUUGUGCAUGAGACAAGUAAUUUUGUUUACAGACAGAUUAUUUCACAUAUAAUUCACUGUAUCACAAUUCCAGUGGGUCAGAAGUUUACAUACACUAAGUUGACUAUAACUUUAAACAGCUUGGAAAAUUCCAGAAAAUGAAUCUUUAGAAGCUUCUGAUAGGCUAAAUGACAUCAUUUGAGUCAAUUGGAGGUGUUCCUGUGGAUGUAUUUCAAGGCCUACCUUCAAACUCAGUGCCUCUUUGCUUGACAUCAUGGGAAAAUCAAAAUAAAUCAGCCAAGACCUGAGAAAGAAAAUUGUAGACCUCCACAAGUCUGGUUCAUCCUUGGGAGCAAUUUCCAAGCGCCUGAAGGUACCAUGUUCAUCUGUACAAACAAUAGUAUGCAAGUAUAAACACCAUAGGACCACGCAGCCGUCAUACCGCUCAGGAAGGAGAUGCGUUCUGUGUCCUAGAGAUGAACGUACUUUGGUGCGAAAAGUGCAUAUCAAUCCCAGAAUAACAGCAAAGGACCUUGUGAAGAUGCUGGAGGAAACAGGUACAAAACUAUCUAUAUCCACAGUAAAACGAGUCCUAUAUCGACAUAACCUAAAAGGCCGCUCAGCAAGGAAGAAGACACUGCUCCAAAACCGCCAUAAAAAAGCCACACUACGGUUUGCAACUGCACAUGGGGACAAAGAUCGUACUUUUUGGAGAAAUGUCCUCUGGUCUGAUGAAACAAAAAUAGAACUGUUUGGCCAUAAUGACCAUCGUUAUGUUUGGAGGAAAAAGGGGAUGGCUUGCAAGCCGAAGAACACCAUACCAACCGUGAAGCACGGGGUUGGCAGCAUCAUGCUGUGGGGGUGCUUUGCUGCAGGAGGGACUGGGGCACUUCACAAAAUAGAUGGCAUCAUGUGGAAGGAAAAUUAUGUGGAUAUAUUGACAACAGCCAAGGUAUUGAAGUGGCCAUCACAAAGCCCUGACCUCAAUCCUAUAGAAAAUGUGUGGGCAGAACUGAAAAGGCGUGUGCGAGCAAGGAGGCCUACAAACCUGACUCAGUUACACCAGCUCUGUCAGGAGGAAUGGGCCAAAAUUCACCCAACUUAUUGUGGGAAGCUUGUGGAAGGCUACCCGAAACGUUUGAUCCAAGUUAAACAAUUUAAAGGCAAUGCUACCAAAUACUAAUUGAGUGUAUGUAAACUUCUGACCCACUGGGAAUGUGAUGAAAUAAAUAAAAGCUGAAAUAAAUAAUUCUCUCUACUAUUAUUCUGACAUUUCACAUUCUUAAAAUAAAGUGGUGAUCCUAACUGACCUAAAACAGGGAAUUUUUACUAGGAUUAAAUGUCAGGAAUUGUAAAAAACUGAGUUUAAAUGUAUUUGGCUAAGGUAUAUGUAAACUUUCGACUUCAACUGUAUGUCCAGUACAUAAAGGCAGGGUACAGUGACUAGGCAUCAGGAGAGUCAAAUAAACAACAGAGUAGCAGCAGCAAAUGAUGAGUGUAAAAGUAUGUGUGUGUGCGCGUAUGUAGUGAAUGUGUGUGGGUUUUGUGUGGUAGUGUGUGUUUAUAUAGCCUAGUGACUCAGACUGAGUCAUAGACUGUUCUCUCUGCUACCGCACGGCAAGCAGUACCAGAUCGCCAAGUCUGGGACCAAAAGGCUCCUGAGAAGCUUCUUCCCCCAAGCCAUAAGAUUACUGAACAGUUAAUCAAAUGGCUACCCUGACUACUUGCAUUGACCCCCUUUUUUAUUUGCACUGACUCUCUUGCACCCGCUCUAUACACAAUCACUGAACUCAACCCACACACUCACACAUACUACACUGACACUCCAACACACUACAUACGCUCACACACAUAAAACACACAGAGAUGCAUAUUGACGCAACUCACACACUCACCCAUAGGCACACUUUCACACUCUUUCACACUCUUCACAUACGCUGCUGCUACUCUGUUUAUUAUCUAUCCUGAUUGCCUAGUACAUUUUACCCCAACAUACAGUACCAGUCAAAAGUUUGGACACACCUACUCAUUCAAGUGUUUUUCUUUGUUUUUACUAUUUUGUAUAAUAAUAGUGAAGACAUCAAAACUAUAAAAUAACACAUAUGGAAUCAUGUAGUAACCAAAAAAGAUUCUUCAAAUAGCCACCCUUUGCCUUGAUGACAGCUUUGCACACUCUUGGCAUUCUCUCAACCAGCUUCACCUGGAAUGAUUUUCCAACAGUUUUGAAAGAGUUCCUACAUAUGCUGAGCACUUGUUGGCUGCUUUUCCUUCACUCUACGGUCCGACUCAUCCCAAACCAUCUCAAUUUGGUUGAGGUCGGGGGAUUGUGGAGGCCAGGUCAUCUGAUGCAGCACCCCAUCACUCUCCUUCUUGGUCAAAUAGCCCUUACACAGCCUGGAGGUGUGUUGGGUCAUUAUCCUGUUGAAAAAUAAAUGAUAGUCCCACUAAGCCCAAACCAGAUGGGAUGUCGUAUCGCUGCAGAAUGCUGUGGUAGCCAUGCUGGUUAAGUGUGCCUUAAAUUCUAAAUAAAUCACAGACAGUGUCACCAGCAAAGCACCCCCACACCAUAACACCACCUCCAUGCUUUACGGUGGGAAAUACACAUGCGGAGAUCAUCCGUUCACCCACAUCGUGUCUCACAAAGAAACGGCGGUUUGAACCAAAAAUCUCAAAUUUAGACUCCAGACCAAAGGACACAUUUCCACCGGUCUAAUGUCCAUUGCUCGUGUUUCUUGGCCCAAGCAAGUCUCAUCUUCUAAUUGGUGUCCUUUAGUAGUUUCUUUGCAUCAAUUCAACCAUGAAGGCCUGAUUCACACAGUCCCCUCUGAACAGUUGAUGUUGAGAUGUGUCUGUUACUUGAACUCAGUGAAGCAUUUAUUUGGGCUGCAAUUUCUCAGGCUGGUACCUCAAAAUAACUUAUCCUCUGCAGCAGAGGUAACUCUGGGUCUUCCAUUCCUGUGACGGUCCUCAUGAGAGCCAGUUUCAUCAUAGCGCAUUAUGGUUUUUGCGACUGCACUUGAAGAAACGUUCAAAGUUCUUGACAUUUUCGGUAUUGACUGACCUUCAUGUCUUAAAGUCAUGAUGAACUGUCGUUUCACUUUGCUUAUUUUAGCUUUUCUUGCCAUAAUAUGGACUUGGUAUUUUACCAAAUAGGGCUAUCUUCUGUUUACCCCCCCACACCUUGUCACAACACAACUGAUUUGGCUCAAACGCAUUAAGAAGGAAAGAAAUUCCACAAAUUAACUUUUAAGAAGGCACAACUGUUAAUUGAAAUGCAUUCCAGUGGACUACCUCAUGAAGCUGGUUGAGAGAAUGCCAAGAGUGUGCAAAGCUGUCAUCAAGGCAAAGGGUGGCUUUUUGAAGAAUCUCAAAUAUAAAAUAUAUUUUGAUUUGUUUAACACUUUUUUGGUUACUACAUGAUUCCAUAUGUGUUAUUUCGUAGUUGUGAUGUCUUCACUAUUAUUCUACAAUGUAAAAAAAAUAUAAAAAUAAAGAAAAACCCUUGAAUGAGUAGGUGUCCAAACUUUUGACUGGAAGUGUACAUGUACAUAUUACCUUCACUACCUUGUCCCCUGCACAUUGACUGAGUACCGGUACUCCUUUUAUAUAGUCUCAUUAUCGUUAUUUUAUUGUGCUACUAUUUCCUUUUUUAUUUUUUACUUUUGAACUGCGUUGUUGGGAAAGGGUUCGUAAGUCAGCGUUUCACAGUAAAGUCUACACCUGUUGUAAUCGGCGAAUAAAGAUUUGAUUUGAGUUUUUCCUGGUCUGGAUAACGUGCUCAGGAAAAACACCAUAUCUCAUCCUGUAGCCACGGCCUUCAUCUCCCAAUGAAUGGGCUGUAUGUAGCCAACUGCCCAAGUUAACUCUGUUCAAAGCUAGGCAGGAAACUUGCUGCAGAGCAGCAACAGUCAAUGAUUUACAGAACUGGAGGACUUCUUCUAUUCACUCAAGCUCCGUAUACCACAUACAGAGACACGUUAUAAUACCAGGCAUCAAUGAUUAUUUUGAGUGAAGGUCCAUAAAAGCAUCUCUAUUAUGAAGGCCAGCCAGUCAGUCAGUGUCAGCCAUUCAUUCGCUGUUGUUGUGAUGUGUUUGGCGUUGCUGCUUAUGUCAUCAUUGUGCAACCUCCCCAGCUGGACCUGUGGUAUGUGAUCCUAAACGGGGGGGUGGAGAUCGGCCACCCAGACAGCCGCAUGGAGACCCUCUGCAUGGGCAACAGCUUCGGUAUCUCCCCCUCCCUGGACAAGCAGUACAUGAGCGGAGUGGUGCGCACCAAGGGGGAUGACUGCCAGGUGAGAUACUAUCCUCUCAUUGAGAUCAGUGCUUUUGGGCCGACUCCCAAAUGACACCCUAUUCCCUAUACAGUGUACUUUGGGCCCUGGUCAAAAAUAGUGCGCUAUAUCAGGAGUAGUGUACCAUUUGGGAUGCAUACCUACUAAUUUCACUGUGAAUGGCCACUCGAGUCGGAACGGCCCACUCAACCUCUUGUCAGACUGCUAUUAUAACUAUAAUUAUACUGAGCAAGGAGCAGCCUCUGAGAGAAAUACAAUUGGAACUUUUCAUUCCCUUUUGACAUCGGGUUGGAAGAUGAAUAUGACAAUGUUCUUGUAUUCCUUGCAAAUAUAGGGAGUAGUUGUGUAAAUGGUCUUGUGUUGGUAUCUAUGGUGUUGAUUUUCACCAGUAAAGCAGGACUAGGUUGAAGAGCUGUUGCUUAGUCAUAUGGAACCUGGUCUUGAUGUAGAUAUAGGAGGCAGCAGUAGUAGGAGUAGCCUGCUGCUCCAUAAGUGGUUUUGAGCUCUCUCGCUCUCGCUCUUUCUGUUAGUAACCAGUUUCUACCCAGACCUGAUUGGUUCCUUAAAGAGCUCCUUUAUCAGAAACACUGUUUCCUGUCCCUGUUUCAGAGCCUGAACAACAGCUCAGUGAGACAGCAGAGAGGUGAACGCUAGCCAGGGGAGUGUAGCUUGACCAUUCAGCCAGGUGAUGUGAACUAGGGGAGUGUAGCAGGUCUGUUAGCCAAGAUAGCAUACUGUGGCUAGUGUUUAUUAUCAUAGCUGGGCCAGUUGCCAAGGGAGUAUAGCUAGUCUGUUAGCUUGUACACUAGCAUAACUGGACUAGUAGCUAGGGGAGUGUGGGUGGACCAUUAGUGCAAGCCCCCAGCCAUGCCUUUCUCCUGCUCCAUGGACUGCUCCAUUCUACUGUUUGAGUACCCAGCUCUGGUGCAGAGCAACAGGCUCCUGUAUUAUAAGUUCACCCGCUGUCCCCAUGUCAUUGUUGAGCAGUUUGUGUGCAUCGCCCAAGAGGACUACUGGCGGAUUCUCAACCAUGUGGAGAAAAACACUCACAAGGUGGAGGAGGAGGGAGAGAUCGUCAUGGUGAAGGAGCAUCGCGAGCUGGACCGCAGCGGCACCAGGAAGGGACACAUCGUCAUCAAGGUGAGGCAGGAAGUGUAGGAGUUAAUGGGACUGUUUCCCAGACACAGAUUAGGCCUACCCUUGUCCUGCACUGAUGGUGAAGUUCCAUUGUCCAGGUCUAGGCUUAGGGUGUAAUCUGUCUGGGAAACCGGUCUAAAUGGUUUGUAUGUGUGCACUGCCUUGACUACCUGGCUAAGACUACCACCGUGUUAUACUAUUGCUCCUGUAGACACUUUUUUUUUUUUUUGCAUGCGUGCUUGCUUGCUAUGGUCCAACCCAUUGAUCUGUAAACAGCCAGCUAUUGAUCUGCUAAUGGCCUAGACUGAUUCCCUUGUCUUCAUCUCCUAAGAUGCCUCUGCUCCCCCUAACAGCUACAGUAUAAAUGGGUUGCUGCUGGUCUGAGUACUGAUCCUCACUUUUGGAUUCUCUUGUCUUUAAAUUGUUUGAUAACUGCCUGCUUUAGUUUCUCUUCCUCUAAAAUCACACUCGCUUCCCAUAGCGAUAUAUUUUUGUCAGGUGACCUGCAACCUCACACAACAAGGUUUGCUUUGAAUAAGUGCCAUCCUUUCACUCAGUUACAUUUUUUAUUUUGUCAUUUUUCUAAAUAGUUGUCCAAAAUGAUUCGGGCUCCUUGGUGAUAAGGCUGUCUUAAUUGCCCCUUGGGGGACUAAUAAAGUUGUAUUAAAAUUAAUUGACAGUUGGAAUGCAGUCGUGAUUGAUUUCUGUUUGUCUAUCCACUCAGGGCACCCCAGAGCGUCUGAUCAUGCACCUGGUGGAGGAGCCGUCAGUGGUGGACCCCACCUACAUCGAAGACUUCCUCCUCACCUACCGCACCUUCCUCUCCAGCCCCAUGGAGGUCGGCAAGAAGCUGCUCGAGUGGUUCAAAGUCGACAGCCUCAGAGACACGGUGUGUACAGUACUGUGUGUGUGUGUGUCUGCUUCUUUGUGUGAAGCAUGGGUGUACUACACAGUAAUCAAUACAACUUCUGCUAGGUCAGCGGUCUUGGGUGUAAGGGGGAUUUGUCCAGUGGAGAUACUCUCAUAACUGAUUUAACAUAAGAUUAGUCUUGUGCUGUCAAUAGUCUUAUGGAGAUAUCAUUUGGUGUGUAAUCAUUCUUCCUCUUAAAGGGGGACCCAUCCCCUCAGAGAGAGAGAGAGUUGCUGUUUGUAGCUCUGUCUGUGCUGUGGUUGCAGCAUUGUGAGCCAAGAUGGCCUUUCCUUAGAUUAGAACAAUACUACACUUAUAUUUUCAGUCACUGCAUUUCCGGACCCUUGCGGUUCAAAGAACUGCAAGGGUUCUGCAAGGGUCCUUCACCUCUAUGAUAUCUUUAGCCUCAGCUAAAGUUGAAUGUUUGAUGAUUGAAGCUUGCUGACAUUUUUUGGAAAAUGUACAGGAUGCUCUUUGAAGCUUUUUGAAUAAGCUUUGACGGCCUUGUGUUUCCCUGUGCAGGUGACACGGAUAGUGUUGUUAUGGGUGAACAAUCAUUUCAACGACUUUGAAGGCGACCCGGCCAUGACGCAGUUCCUUGAAGACUUUGAAAAGCUGCUAGAAACCACAGUGAGAUCACCUUUCCUAUAUUGUAUCUGUACUAAUUGUGCGUCCCUAAUAGCACCCUAUUCCCUGUAUAGUGCAACACUUUUGACCAGAGGACUAUGAGCCCUGGUUGAAGGUAGUGCACUAUAUAAUGAAUAGGGUGCCAUUUUGGGUGCAACAUAAUGUACGUUAACCUGAAGUUCACACCUUCACUAAACUAAAGUCUCAUCACUCUGUGGUCAGACAGACAUAUGAUCCUCUGUCUGUGGUUGAACAUCUAUUACCAGAUCUGUUAGCCAGGUCAGUUGAGUGAGUGGGUGUUGAAACCUGAUCUGUUCCUGUAGAAAAUGAAUGGUCACCUGCGGCUGCUGAACAUAGCGUGUGCAGCCAAGGCCAAGUGGAGGCAGAUCACCCUGCAGAAACCUUCCAGGGAGUCCCCGCUCUACUUCAGCCUGCAUGGCGGCAGCGAAAGGGGCUUCGGCAUCUUCGUGGAGUCAGUGGAGGAGGGCAGCAAGGCCGCCGAGGCAGGACUCAAACGGGGAGACCAGGUAAGAGAAGUGCUUAUUAUUGUAUUUUUUUCCUGUGUUGCUUUUGCAUUUUGAAGUUCAUGUUUUUAUUCCAUACAUUUCAUACUUUUUAGAUUGCUGUUCAGAUGCACUUUAUGGUUAGUUCAGUAACAAGUACAGUUGACUCGAAACUCUCUGUUUUCCUCCUUGAGAUAAUGGAGAUCAAUGGUCAGAACUUUGAGAACAUCUCCUACACCAAAGCUAUGGACUUCCUGAGGAACAACACACACCUCUCCCUCACAGUCAAGACCAACAUCUUCGGUUAGUACAAUCUGUCCUCUUACCAAAGAUAGGAUUAUUUAAUUAAUGAUGCCGGACCAUCUGAAAUUAAAAUGACCGAUGUCAACAGUAGUCUGUACCUGUGUCUUGUAUUUGGUAGCAAAAUUCAUGUAACUUUCCCAAGUCUUCCAACCAUGAGUCCUGGAAAUGUUGGGAUAGUUACCAGGAAUUUGCAUUCCAAUACAGCUCUCCCCCCCCCCCCCCCCCCCCCCUAGUUCUGUGACUCAGUCUUGUCAUUCACCCACUUUCCCUCCUCUCCUCUCCCAAGUGUUCAAAGAGCUGCUGAGCCGGAUCGUACACGAGAAGAUGAACAUGAGUCCCCACAUCCCUAAGAUCCAGGAGAAGAAGGGUAACCGCUUCUCCAUCCCAGACCUGCCUGGAGACAUGGAGUUCCCCACAGACCACAAGGCCACCAAGAAAAUGAAGGCCAACACCGUGUCUGGAGGACGGAACAAGAUCAGGAAGAUGCUGGAGAAGACCCGCUUCAGCAUCCUACCACCCAAACCCUUCAGGUAGGCACAAUAACACUAUAGUAUCCUACCACCCAAAUCCUUCAGGUAGGCACAAUAACACUACAGUAUCCUACCACCCAAACCCUUCAGGUAGGCACAAUAACACUACAGUAUCCUACCACCCAAACCCUUCAGGUAGGCACAAUAACACUACAGUAUCCUACCACCCAAACCCUUCAGGUAGGCACAAUAACACUAUAGUAUCCUACCACCCAAACCCUUCAGGUAGGCACAAUAACACUAUAGUAUCCUACCACCCAAACCCUUCAGGUAGGCACAAUAACACUACAGUAUCCUACCACCCAAACCCUUCAGGUAGGCACAAUAACACUAUAGUAUCCUACCACCCAAACCCUUCAGGUAGGCACAAUAACACUACAGUAUCCUACCACCCAAACCCUUCAGGUAGGCACAAUAACACUAUAGUAUCCUACCACCCAAACCCUUCAGGUAGGCACAAUAACACUACUGUAUCCUACCUAGGGCUGGGAAUUGCCAGAGACCUCACGAUACGAUAUCACGAUACUUAGGUGCCGAUACGAAAUGCAUUGUGAUUCUUACGAUUCUUUAUGUAUUGCGAUUUGACACUGUGAUUUUAUUGCAAUUUGAUGUUCCAAACACCAUGUCUGCUGCGAAGGGACAAGAGACAGCCAUGGGUGGAAAAAGUGUAAUUUACUGUAGUUACUCGCCAUUUCAUAAAACCAUUUAUCAUCAUCAAGCCGUUGAUCUGCCAUAGCCAACCAAGAACUGUAUCUAAAUCACAAGGCUUUAAUUAUUUAUUUUGUAUUCUGUUUACUCUGAGAGGAGUUAAAGAAAGUGGAGAUGAAAGAGACUGAUUCGGGAGCACCAGGCUUCAUCAGUAGUCUGUUAUGGACUGACGCUGUGAUAGAAAGUGGUAGUACCGCACCGCAGGGAUGCUAGUAGCUAGUGGCUAUGGUAAACUUAAUCAACAGCUUCAUUUGUGGUUGUUCUUAGUGCUAAGGUAGUUAAGUCAGUAUGAUUUAAGACAUCAGUCACUUCUGAUGGAUGGCUUUAUGCUGUCGUCUCAAUAGGCUGCUGAUGAGAUGGAACAUGUCCUCUUUGCUCUACCAAAUACUUCUGACCAGGGCCCAUAGGGAAUAGUGUACCAUUUGGGGCACAUGCUUAGUUUAGUAAACAGUGGUGAAGACAGUACAGGGCAAGCGCAGGUCUUUAUUCCACUGACUGGUGGGAUAAUUGAGUCAUGAGCCUUUUCUGAUGCCAAGAGGAAGGUCAGGUCAGGGAAGUAGGCUACUCUCUCCAGUCUGCAGUAUUCUACAGUAAGACAAUCUGAGGACUACCUGGCUUUGCUGCUGUUGACCAACCAGCGGAUUUACUGGGAUUCCAUUGGCAGCCAAUAGACUAGGUAGUUUGAGCUGGACACAGGUGGUGGUGAUUUGGUGAGAUGACUACAAGGGAUAGCCAGGGUAUGUGUCAUCUCUUCAGCUCGACUUCUUAUACUCAUCUUCAUUUAAAAGUGUUUAAGUAGAUAUACCGGCUGUUUGUCAAAAGUAGACAGUGUCCCGGGGCUUUCCUGAUGAAGACAGUGGCAAUGUAUAAAUGUAUAUUAGAGGCUUUAAAAAAUAUAUAUACACCAUCAGUCAAAAGUUUGGACACACCUACUCGUUCAACGGUUUUCUUUAUUUUUACUAUUUUUUACAUUGUAGAAUAAUAGUGAAGACAUCAAAACUAUGAAAUAACACAUGGAAUCAUGUAGUAACCAAAAAAGUGUUAAACAAAUCCAAAUAUAUUUUAUUUUUGCGAUUCUUCAAAUAGCCACCCUUUGCCUUGUUGACAGCUUUGCACACUCUUGGCAUUCUCUCAACCAGCUUCACCUGGAAUGCUUUUCCAAAAGUCUUGAAGGAGUUCCCACAUAUGCUGAGGACUUGUUGGCUGCUUUUCCAUCACUCUGCGGACCGACUCAUCCCAAACCAUCUAACUUGGGUUGAGGUCGGGGAAUUGUGGUGGCCAGGUCAUCUGAUGCAGCACUCCAUCACUCUCCUUCUUGGUAAAAUAGCCCUUACACAGCCUGGAGGUGUGUUGGGUCAUUGUCCUGUUGAAAAACAAAUGAUAAUCCCACUAACCAGAUUGGAUGGCGUAUCGCUGCAGAAUGCUGUGGUAGCCAUGCUGGUUAAGUGUGCCUUGACUUCUAAAUAAAUCACAGACAGUGUCACCAGCAAAGCACCCCCACACCAUAACACCUCCUCCUCCAUGCUUUACGGUGGGAAAUACACAUGCGGAGAUCAUCCGUUCACCCACACCACGUCUCACAAAGACACGGCGGUUGGAACCAAAAAUCUCAAAUUUGGACUCCAGACCUAAGGACAAAUUUCCACCGGUCUAAUGUCCAUUGCUCGUGUUUCUUGGCCCAAGCAAGUAUCUUCUUCUUAUUGGUGUCCUUUAGUAGUAGUUUCUUUGCAGCAAUCGACCAUGAAUGCCUGAUUCACUCAGUCUCCUCUGAACAGUAGAUGUUGAGAUGUGUCUGUUACUUGAACUCUGUGAAGCAUUUAUUUGGGCUGCAAUUUCUGAGGCUGGUAACUCUAAUGAACUUUUCCUUUGCAGCAGAGGUAACUCUGGGUCUUCCAUUCCUGUGGCAGUCCUCAUGAGAGCCAGUUUCAUCAUAGCGCUUGAUAGUUUUUACGACUGCACUUGAAGAAACUUUAAAAGUUCUUGAAAUGUUCCGUAUUGACUGACCUUCAUGUCUUAAAGUAAUGAUGGACUGUUGUUUCUCUUUGCUUAUUUGAGCUGUUCUUGCCAUAAUAUAGACUUGGUAUUUUACCAAAUAGGGCUAUAUUCUGUAUACCCCCUACCUUGUCACAACACAACUGAUUGGCUCAAACGCAUUAAGAAGGAAAGAAAUUCCACAAAUUAACUUUUUAAGAAGGCACACCUGUUAAUUGAAAUGCAUUCCAGGUCUCUAACUCAUGAAGCUGGUUGAGAGAAUGCCAAGAGUGUGAAAAGCUGUCAACAAGGCAAAGGGUGGCUAUUUGAAGAAUCUGAAAUAUAAAAUAUAUUUUGAUUUGUUUAACCUCUUAAGGAUCAGACCCUUUUUUCUGACUUAAAUACCCAAAUAUAACUGCCUGUAGCUCAGGACCUGAAGCAAGGCUAUGCAUAUUCUUGAUACCAUUUGAAAGGAAACACUUUGAAGUUUGUGGAAAUGUGAAAUUAAUGUCGGAAAAUAUAACACAUUAGUUCUGGAAAAGAUAAUACAAAAAAAUAUGCAUUUGUUUUUUUGUUCCAUCUUUGAAAUGCAAGAGAAAGGCCACAAUAUAAUAUUGCAGUGUAGGCGCAAUUUAGAUUUUGGCCACUAGAUGGCAGCUGUGUGUGUGCAACGUUUCAGAUUGAUCCAGUGAAGCAUUGCAAUACUGCACUAUUUUAUAUCAAGUCUGCCCAAAUGUGCCGAAUUGGUCAAUUGAUACAUUUUCAAGUACAUAACUAUAGAGAACAUACAAAAAUGAUAUGGUAAUACAAAAUGUAAGUUUACACACUCCCAGGAAUGUCAUACAUGAUGGAUCAUUCGCUUAUACACUAACUUUCAGACAUCUAGAUGGCCGGGCGGGGUGGGUGUGGAGCCAGAGACAGCAGGGGUUCCAACUGUAGAACCCAGUUCCUACAUUUGAAUAUAAAAAUGGAUUUUUUUUAAACAAAACUAUGCUACAUUUUAUCUCUGGGAUCCUUAGGAUGACAAAUCAGAGCAAGAAUACUGAAUGUAAGUACAUUAUUUACCUUCAGAGGUGAAUGUAUCAAACCAGUUGUCGUGAUACGUUUUUUGUUGUUGUGCACUCUCCUCAAACAAUAGCAUGGUAUUUUUUCACUGUAAUAGCAACUGUAAAUUGGACAUUGCAGUUAGAUUAACAAGAAUUUAAGCUUUCUGCCCUUAAAAGACAUGUCUAUGUCCUGGAAAGUUUGCUGUUACUUACAACUGUCAUUCUAAUCACAUUAGCGCACGUUAGCUCAACCGUCCCGUAUAUGGGACACCGAUCCCGUAAAGGUUAACACUUUUUUUGGUUCCUACAUGAUUCCAUAUGUGUUAUUUCAUAGUUUUGAUGUCUUCACUAUUAUUCUACAAUGUAGAAAAUAGUAAAAAUAAAGAAAAACCCUUGAAUGAGUAAGUGUGGCCAAACUUUUGACUACUGUAUAUUUUGGUACUGUAUAUUUGAUUAAUGUGACGAUGUUGGUUACGUCAGUGACGAUUGGUUCAACUAAAUCAGCGUAUUUGUUUUUCGAUACUUUUAAUGUCUGCCCAUGUGCUUCUGACUGUGACGUGCCGAUGCAUGUACUGUGUGUCUACUGUGUGUCUACUGUGUGUCUACGGUGUGGAUACGGUGUGGAUACGGUGUGGAUACGGUGUGGAUACGGUGUGGAUACGGUGGCCGUGCCCCCUUGUCUCCUCAUUGUCUGUUUUGUUGUCUCUGCUCAGUGUUAACAUGGUGCUGACACACUGUACUGUGCUUUAGCCUUGCUGUCUGUUGUUCUCAUGCUCUUCACUGUCCUCUGUCUCUCCCGUCUCGCUCUGUAACUGCCUCGCCUGCACAGGGGACUCUUUGGGUAAGACACUUGUGUUACUAGUCCCCUCCAUUCAGUGGCAAUGUGGUGAAAACGCAGUCUGAGUCCCAAAUGUCGCUCUAUGCCCUACAUGGGCCCCGGUCAAAAGCAGUGCACUACAUAGGGAAUAGGGUGCCAUUUGAGACACACACACACAGUCAUUGUAGGCGGGGAUGAAUUCAUAACUGACCUUGAACUAAAAGCUAGAGGACUGCAUUGUGAUAUUCAUGCAAAUUCAUGCAGUAUCUGCACACAUCCCUAAAGCUACCGAGGUGCUUAAGAUUCAAGCUCUCCUUGAAACCCAUAGGCGUUCUGUUCCGUUCCUACUGUACCUGUUUAUUCCACUGUAGAAUUCUCUACAGGUUCAAGGCUAGACUAGCUCUAGUUGAAUACAGUAGAAUGUCAUGUAAAGUUCAGGGUGAUCUGGCUCUGUGCUCUGGGUUUACUUUCAUUCACAUUGUGCAGCUCAUUCCACAGAGGGCUGAGUGUCUACGGGGUUUUCGCUCCUCCCUUGUACUUGAUUGAUGAAUUAAGGUCACUGAUUAGUAAGGAACCCUCACCUGGUUGUCUAGGGCUUAAUUGAAAGGAAAAACAAAAACCUGCAGACACUAGGCUCUCCAUGGAAUGAGUUUGACACCCCUGCCGUAGUGCUUCCCUUCACAGUUAGUUCAUACAUACAACAUAUGUAUGAACUACAUACAUACCUUGUUCUAAAUGACAGGUAUGAAUUGGAUUGUGAUUCAAGUAAAAGUACGGUACAUGCCAAUAAUAGCAUGAUGAAAAGUGCAGACAUACCUAAUCCUAGAUGUACUGUACACAUCUGAAUCACCUUAGGGUGUAAGGCUGGGUAACUGGGCUAAGUUUUAUCCCAUCAAAUUUCUGCCAUUACCUCCUGGUGCAGAAGCAGCCAUCGACUCACUGCAAAGAUUACCAAGGCUUUUCUACAGCAGGGCUCAGUAAUGUCAAUGUCUCUCUGUCUCUCUCGCUCUGUCUCUGUCUCUAUGUCUGUCUCUGUCUCGCUCUGUCUCUCUCUCACUCUGUCUCUCUCUCUCUCUCUCGCUCUGUCUCUCUCUCGCUCUGUCUCUCUCUCGCUCUCUCUCUCUCGCUCUGUCUCUCUCUGUCUCUCGCUCUGUCUCUCUCUCUCGCUCUGUCUCUCUCUCUCUCUCUCGCUCUGUCUCUCUCUCGCUCUGUCUCUCUCUUCUCUCGCUCUGUCUCUCUCUCUCUCGCUCGCUCUGCUCUGCUCUCCGCUCUGUCUCUUCUCUCGCUCUGUCUCUCUUCUCCUCUGUCUCUCCUCUCGCUCUGUCUUCUUCUCUCUCGCUCUGUCUCUCUCUCGUCUUCUUUCGCUCUGUCUCUCCUCUCCUCUCUCUUCGCUCUGCGUCUCUCUCUCUUGCUCUGUCUCUCUCUCGCUCUUCUCUCUCUCCGCUUCUGCUCUCUCUGUCCUCUCUUCGCUCUGUCUCUCUCUCUCCUCUCGCUCUGUCCUCCUCUCUCUCGCUCUGUCUCUCUCUCUUCUCCUCGCUCUUGUCACUCUCUCUUCGCUCUGUGUCACUCUCUCUCGCUCUGUGUCACUCUCUCUCGCUCUGUGUCACUCUCUCUCGCUCUGUGUCACUCUCUCUCGCUCUGUGUCACUCUCUCUCGCUCUGUGUCACUCUCUCUCGCUCUGUGUCACUCUCUCUCGCUCUGUCACUCUCUAGCUCGUUGUCUCUCGCUCUCUCUCUCCUCGCUCUCUCUCUCUCGCUCUGUCUCUCUCUCUCUCGUCUCGUCUGUUCUCUCUCUCUCGCUCUGUGUUCGUCUCUCUCUCUGCUCUGUGUCUCUCUCUUCUCGCCUCUGUGUCUCUCUCUCUCGCUCUGUGUCACUCUCUCUUCUCCUCGCUCUGUGUCACCUCUCUCUCUCCCUCUGUUGUCCUCUCUCUCGCUCUUGUGUCUCUCGCUCUUCUCUCGCUCUGUCUCUCUCUCUCUCGCUCUGUGUCUCUCUCUCUCUCGCUCUGUGUCUCUCUCUCUCUCGCUCUGUCUUGUGUCUCUCUCUCUCGUCCUUCUGUGUCUCUCUCUCGCUCUGUGUCUUUCGCUCUGUGUCUCCUCUCUCUCGCUCUGUGUCUCUCUCGCUCUCGUCUGUCUCUCUUCUCGCUCUGUCCUCUCUCUCGCUCUGUGUCCCUCUCUCUCUCGCUCUGUGUCUCUCUCCCCUCUGUGUCUCUCUCUCUCUCUCUUGUCUCUCCUCUCUUGCUCUCUCUCCCUCUCUCGCUUGUGUGUCCUCUCGCUCUGUCCUCGCUCUUGCUCUUCUCUCUCUUCUCUCUCUCGCUCUGUUCUCUCUCUCUCGCUCUCGUCUCGCUCUGUCCUCUGCUCUUGUCCUCGCUCUCCUUCUCCUCCUUGUCUCGCUCUCGUGUCUCCUCUCGCUCUGUCUCGCUCCUCUUCUCUGUCUUCGCUUCACUACUUGUCUCGCUACUCCCACUUGUCUCGCUCUCGCUCUCGCACUGUCUCGCUCUCUGUCUCGUCUCUUGUCUCUCGCUCUCCUUGUCUGCUCUCUCCUGUCUCGCUCUCGCUCUUCUCGCUCUCGCUCUCUGUCCCUCUCUGCUCUUCGCGUCUCGCUCCUCUGUUCUCGCUCUCGCUCUCUGUCUCGCUCUCGCUCUCUGUCUCGCUCUCCGCUCUCUGUCUCCGCUCUGUCCUCUCCGCUCUCGCUCUCUCUCUCUGCUCGCCUCUCUGCUCUCUCUGCUCUCCUCUUCUGCUUCUCUCCUCGCUCUCUCUCUGCUCUGUCUCUCUCUCUCGCUCUUCUUCUCCUCUCGCGCUCGUCUCUCGCUCUCUCUGUCUGUCUCGCUCUCUCGCUCUGUCUGUCUCUCUCUCUCUCGCGCUCCGUCUCGCUCUCUCUCUGUCUGUCUGCUCUUCUCUGUCUGUCUCCUCUCUCUCGCGUCUGUCUCGCUCUCUCUCUCGUCUCGCUCUUCUCGUCUCUGCUCUCUGCUCUCUCUCGCUCUCUGUCUCGUCGCUCUCUGUCUCGCUCCUCUCAUCUGUCGCUCUCUGUCUCGCUCUCGUUCGCUCUCUGUCUCGUCUCUGUCUCUCCGCUCUUCUCUGCUCUCGUCUCUCGCUCUCUGUCUCUUCGCUCUCUUCUGCCUGUCUCUCUCUCUCUCUCUGUCUCUCUCUCUCUCUCUCUCUCUGUCUCUCCUCUCUGUCUCUCGCUCUCUCUCUGUUCCAUCCCCAGCUCUAGUUUCUCUGUAGCCUGCCUUAGCCUGGUCCAUGAUCUCUUUGUCUUGUAAACUCCUAUGGUCAUUGGCUUGUCAAACCAUAGGUGUUGGAAAGACUGCUCAAAAGGAUCUGGGACCACCAGGCUAUGUUCGCCCCUCAUCAGUCUGUGUUUGUUAUUGGAGGGAGAAGUGGCCUAGAAGUGUCACUCAUUCAGUCCACCUGAGAACUUUUCUGAUCAGCAUCCCAUUGAUAGCACGACUAGCCAAAAAUCUAAAACUGACCCUUACGUUAACCUUAAUCAUAACCCAAACCCUAACCUUUAUCUAAUGUUAACCAAUUCAGAAAUUAGGCCUAGGCCUAAAUAUUGGUUUGCACGUCAGCCCGUCCCUUUUCCUUUUCCCACCUGUGAGGGGUGUUUAGUGCAGAAUCAGUCAAUUAGGGCAGGGGGCCUUCAACCUUUUCCUGUCCAGGGACCCCCUCCCAGGCAAACCGGCCACCCAGGAACCCCCAUCAUACGUUAGCAAUUAUUAUUUUUCACAUAUCUUGUCUUAUCAUCAGGUCAAUGAUAAUGGCAAGGAGAAGUAAUCAAGAUUUUAUAAUGGAUAGUUUUCCAUUAUUUUGACCUCCCCACAUUACACAUCGUCUUCCAAUUAUAUACUCUAGCAUAGCCUAUUAGCUAGAAAGGUAACUACAGUCAUGUUUUUGCCUAGAGCAGCCAUUUAGCUGCUUAAACAAAGGUUAGCCAUGUGUUGGCAAAAAGACCCAUCACUCCAAGAGGUAUCUCUGUGUGUCUUAUUGAUGUGUGUUGUGUGUGUUCACUGUGCUGUGUCAACACUCCUGGGCCUGUUUGUAUUGAUCAGCCGCAUCAUUCAUGUGAUCUGUCAUGGAUGGGUGUCAACCAUCCCCAUAAGUACCCAUCACUACCUAUAAAAGGAUUGCCAUGAUAGCAGUACACCUGUGUGGAUAUCAGGAAGACCAGGAACGCCGAUUCAACUGUUUCUGUUGCCACAUGCAGUGAGAUUGAAUAGGGCCAGGCAGAUCCAUAUUAGGCUCUGGGGCCAGGAGUUCCUUAAUCCAGACACUAAUCCUGAGUGUUAUCCAGUCUAAAUCCUUCUUUCUCCCCCUUCCCUCUCUCUGUCUCUCUCUGCCACAGUGAUGGCGGCGUGGGCCAGUCUCAGGAUGACAGCAUGGUGGGCACUAAGCAGUGUAGGCACAGCAUGGUCAUCAUGCCCAUCCCUGGCAGCAUGUCAUCCAGCAGUCCUGAUCUGCUGCAGCCAGCCACCAGUGUGCUGGACUUCUCCAACCCCGCAGGUGAGAGAUGGACACACACACACAGAAGCACUCAUCACCACCAGGGCAGCCGAUGGGCAAUAUGUCACCACUGUCAUGUUAACCAGAGCAUCUCCAAUAUGCCUUGCGAUCACGGUUUGGGUAAUGACUACUGCUCACAACUACACGGAGGCAAUUAACAAUUGAAGAUGGGCACACUUUACAUUCGUGUUUAUCUUGUUCAUUUUUCAAGUGUAUGGCCUCUUCAGACUGGGUUAUAUAGGGAUAAAACUGGAGCUGCGCAGUGGGAAAACAGCCGUCAUUACUCAUGGAGCAAUACUUCUCUCAGAGAUAGAAAGCGCUUCCUGCUUGGCCAGUGAAGAAACUCAGUCCCUCUGGUUAAUCACAUAAUUAAUAAUAUGAGCACUUCACACACACACACACACACACACACAGGCGAUCCGCUUCUCCUCUCUGUGUCUCUCAAGCAUUUCCAUUUCAAGAGCUUGGACAUUAAAUAGAAUUAGAGCCAUAUGAAAGGGAUUAAACGCUGAACAAUUAUAAUCAGUUUUUUCCCGGACAGAUUUCAGACCCCAUAAUUACUGAAACAACUAAGCGUCCUCCCCAGGGAGAGCAGCGAGAGGAGAGGGGGUGGAGUGUAGGGGAGAGUAUGGUUUUGAUUUAUCCUCUUCGACCAUUUGCCAUUCAACGUAGCCAGCAGCCAGCGGCCAGAGGGCCCAGUCUCCAGUCUGCAGCCCCAAGCAAACUGAGAUAUUAAUCAUCUUCUAUUAGUCCGUUUCUCUUCUCCACCAACCACUGUGAAUAAUGGAUAAAAUAACGGUAAAACUGGAGUUUGGCGUUAAAUACAGUGUAAUUCUUCUAGCCUUUUGGUAGGGUGUAAGAAGGCUUGCCUGGGGGUUCUUGUGUUUGUAUUGUCCGUGCAUGCAGCCUCGAGUCACUGCGGCAGACUCAGAUCUCAGCUCUCUGUUGUCACACACACACUAUGCCCUCCCUCCCUCUCUCCAGUACACUGAUCUGAUUGUAAACAGAUGCUUUAGUGAAAGCCAUGACACAAGUCCUUCUGCCCCGCUGACUUCUCCCACAACGACGCACAGGAAAAAGCUGCCAUUCUAAUCCUGUCUCUUUUAUAUUUCCAACCACUGUUCUCUCUCUCCCUCCCUCUCUCUCUCUCGCUUCCCUCUCUUCUCUCUGCUUCCACAGCCGUGGGCUUCCACUGUAAGUAUCUAUGUGGUUUCUUGGAAUGGAAUCAUUUGGGCUGUUUGUUUGUUUUGGAGAUGUUUCGUUUACGCUUCCUAGUCGUCGUCAUCGUUUUUUUCUCCUUCAUUUAUGAGCUUUUAAGUUCUGUCUCUGUGUCGAAUGUCCUGAACACCAGUCUAAGUUGGGCUCUGCGUGGUGUUCUCUGGCUUCGUCCCAAAUGGCACCCUGUUCCCUACAUAGUGCUCUACUUUUAAAAAGCACCUUAUGAGACCUGGUCAAAAUGAGUUGAGUUAAUUGGGACCUAUUCUUAGUGAUGGCUGAGUGUGUUUGUUAAAGGAGCCCUAGCUUCGUGUUAAAGGGCCAUGCCUUGCCCUGCACUCUCUCCUAGCUGUGGUGCUCUGCCCCUGUCUACUGUUGCUGCUGUAGGUAUGAUUUAGAUCUAGUGGUUCUGUGAUGGUGAGCGGGACACAGGCCUGGGGGGCGUUAGGUGGAGCCCGGGAGCCAGGAGGCUUUCCCUGUUUAUACUCUGUCUCUCUCAUGACACCAUAAAUGAUUGGCUAAUCAUUAAUCAUCCCGGAGAGGCACAGGGAUCACUCUCAUCCGUUAAGUCCGUAUUGGUCCUGUCAGGUGGGGGGGUAAAGAUAAUGAUUACAUAUGAUAGGACAGUAUAUGAUCCAGGGUUCUCCCCAAAGAAUGUAAGAGAGGCACCUUGUUUUCUUAUCAUACAGUAAGGCAAUUUUUUCUCUAGAUUGCAGGAAAUGGCAGUUACAGGUGUUCAAAAACUCAGCAGCACCACCUUGUUAAAAAAUCCUGGGGAGAACCCUGUGAUUGCUCCAGACCCUAAUCACAAAUCAUAGCUAAUGAGUCUCAGAUCAUUUAUUUUCAUCUCACCUCCACUUUUAGUUUGAGUAGGUUGAAAAUGAUUGGUUAUGGCUGCUAAACCUGCUGCUGUAAUAGUGAUGAGGGUUCUAGUUAUGGGCCCAGCCAGUGUGAAGGUAACACCACUAAGGAGCACAUAGCUACCAUAAUGACGGUGUCUCACAGUCCAUUGAGCAUGCUUCACUCUACAGGGGAGGGAGGGAGGGACAGAGGGAGCAGUGCACUGUUAGUCAUCUGUCAACUAGGACCAUUCAACCUUUUCUUUAUGUUUACCUCUUGAAGUGAUGUCUCUCUUUCUGUCAUUAGACUCCCUGCGUGACUGCUCCCAGACAGUCACAGACACUAUCUACUGCCGAUGUGAUGCCUUUAUUCCAGCCUCUUCACCUCCUCCCCUCUUCCGAUACAGCUUGUCGUCCUCCACUAUUCAUGCCUCAUUGUUUUACCCUGCUGAUGUGUGUGUAAUGGACCACAACCACUUUUGUGUGCAAGCAGAGCAAGUAUGAAGUGCUUGUUCCCUUUGCCAUACUGGGAAAUGCAUCUUACAUGCAUAUCUUUUAGCCGCAAGGGUUGUUUCCUUCCUUCCUUUUUACUUUCGGCCAUUUGGAUUGAUAAAGAUCUAACAUUUAAAAAAUACGUACUGAUGAGCUAGUUGAAAAAGCUUAGAUUUAAAGUGGGCUUCUUUUUUAGAAAUAGAUAUUGCCUCCAUGAACAGCAGGAAACAGAUUGUGCAGUCAACUUUCCUGCCAGUUCUUGACUAUGGUGACACCAUUUACCAGACUGCAGCAGCCACUGCUCUUAAACCAUUGGAUGCUGUCUACCAUAGCGCCCUUCACUUUAUUACAGGUGACAGUUUUAAUACUCAUCACUGCAUCCUGUAUCAGAAGGUCGGCUGGACGUCACUAAAGUCCCGUAGAUCACUUCAUUACUCCCUUCUUGUUUACAAAGCUCUGUUCCACAAGCUUCCAACAUACCUCACUUCCCUGUUGAAAUAGGAAAAACAUGAGAUACCAGACCCGUUGGCAGGGUUGGUUAACUCCUGAGGUCCCGCUUGUCUCCACAAAGUUUGGUAAAUCCACCUUUAGUUUUAACGCACCACAGUUAUGGAAUACCUUACAAAGCAAAUUCCACCUGGGUUCCCUGGUGCCGAUAGGGCAGUUUAAAACUGUUGUAAAAUGAGUUCACUGAAGUGUGCAAUUGUUUCAGUUGACUAUUAUAACUUGUUGUAAUAACCUGAUGUCAUGUGUUUAUAGCUGUCUUGUAGUUUCUCUUUAUGUUUUGUUGUAUUGAUUUGUGUCCUCAUGGCACCAUUGCAGAUGAAGACACUGGUCUCAAGUGGGCUCCCCUGAUUAAAUCAAUAAUCUAAAUGUUGCAAAUGGUUCACUUUUCUCUUGAAUGCGUUUAAUUAGAUUUUUCUGUUUAUGUAUCGGCCAUGUUCAGAUAUGUGCGUCACAGAUGGCACCAUAUUCCCUAUAUUGUUGUGCACUACCUUUGACCAGAGCUCUAUGGGCCAUGGUCUAAAGUAGUGCACAAUCUAGGGGAAUCGUAUGUGUUCUGGUAUUCCGUCCAUCAUAACUCUUCAAACCUGUUCUUCUCCUCCACCUGUCAGACAUUCCAGACCAGGUGAUCCGGGUGUUCAAGGCUGACCAGCAGAGCUGUUACAUCAUCAUCAGUAAGGACACCACGGCCAUGGAUGUGGUCACUCACGUGGUCAACGAGUUUGGCCUUAUCGCGACCCCGGAGACCUACUCCCUCUGUGAGGUGUCUGUCAGUCCCGAGGGCGUCAUCAAACAACGCAGGCUACCUGACCAGCUCUCUAAGCUGGCUGACCGCUUCCAGCUCAAUGGCAGGUAAAACAAAUGUAGAUCUAGGAUCAGAUUAGCCCACCUCAAUCCUAACAUUCAACCAUUAGGAGGAUAGAAAAUGGGAGAAGAUGAUCUGACCCUGUAUCAGUGGUUUGGUGCAACUUCUUCCACCUUAGUUCCCCUCAGGUCUGAAAAUGGGUUAGAUUGUAGUGUGACAGGGAGGGACAGCAUAGGCUCCCCAUCUCCCCUAAUUCCUUCCUACCCCACCUCUUCUUCCUUCCUAGAAAUGCCCUCUCAGAUAGCCUCAGCUAAAAUGGCCGCCUCCGCCCCUGUUCCUCUCCGUCCCCCCAGCUCCUCUCCGCCCCCCCAGCUCCUCUCCGUCCCCCCAGCUCCUCUCCGUCCCCCCAGCUCCUCAAUCCAUGUCUCAAUUGUCUCAAGUCUUAACCUUCUUUAACCUGUCUCCUCCCGUUCAUCUACACUGAUUUGAAGUGGAUUUAACAAGUGACAUCAAUAAUGGAUCAUUGCUUUCACCUGGAUUCACCUAGUCAGUCUAUGUCAUGGAAAGAGCAGGUGUUCUUAUUGUUUUGUACACUAAAUGUAUAUGUCAUUUAACAGAUGCUUUUAUCCAAAGUGACUUAGUCAUGCGUGCAUACAUUUUACGUAUGGGUGGUCCCGGGAAUCGAACCCACUACCCUGACGUUACAAGCGCCAUGCUCUACCAACUGAACUAUAAUGGACCACUUGAUAUGACUGGGUCAGAGAUACACAAGCUUAGCCAGCAGAAACCAUCCAGUCCUCACUCAGUCCCUCCUGUCAAGCCCAUGCAACCAUUUAGUCAGGCCAGUCUCCCAAGCCAGCUCCAGCCCUAGGUCCUGCCUCAGCUCCAGCCCUAGGUCCUGCCUCAGCUCCAGCCCUAGGUCCUGCCUCAGCUCCAGCCCCAGCAGAGCCCCAGCCCCCUCUCCUUCCAGGGGGCCAGUGAUCAAGCCAGCAGAGCCCCAGCCCCCUCUCCUUCCAGGGGGCCAGUGGAUCCAGCCAGCAGAGCCCCAGCCCCCUCUCCUUCCAGGGGGCCAGUGGAUCCAGCCAGCAGAGCCCCAGCCCCCUUUCCUUCCAGGAGGCCAGUGAUCAAGCCAGCAGAGCCCCAGCCCCCUCUCCUGAUCCAGCCAGCAGAGCCCCAGCCCCCUCUCCUUCCAGGAGGCCAGUGGAUCCAGCCAGCAGAGCCCCAGCUCCCUCUCCUUCCAGGAGGCCAGUGGAUCCAGCUAUCCAGCUACCCCCCUCUACCCAUCACUUAUUUAUCCCAUUCCUGAUGGCGUUGGCAGGGCUAUAGACACAUUAUGGCUCCAUUAAGAACCACUAGUCCAAUGUGCUGCUCUUGGACGCUCUCCCAGAAAAGGGCAUCGGGGCAAAAUGUCUCUCUCUCACCCACCCAGGGGGAAAUGUAUGGCUUAAAUGGAUCACCACUGUCGGGGCCAGGGCCUCUCUGGCCAGCAUCUUAAUGCUGCUGCUGCCUUGGUGGUGUUGACCAGGGAGUUUACAUAAUAUACGCACAAUACAUACAAUAAUGGUGGCAUUUUGGUUACGUUUUUUCAUGUGGUAAUACAUUUUAUAAUGAUGAAUUUAAUAAUGACUAAUCUGCUUUGUAAUCAACACAAUGUUUUCUGAUGUCUGUCUGGUAUUAUCCUUAGUAUAGGCCUAACGGCUAAUAUCCCGUCUCCCCGUCCCCCUCCCCAGGUACUACCUGAAGAACAACAUGGAGACAGAGACGUUGUGUUCAGACGAUGACGCCCAGGAGCUGCUGAAGGAGAGUCAGAUCACCCUGCUCCAGCUCAGCACCGUGGAGGUGUGUGUGUGUGUGUGUGUGUGUGUGUGUCUAUUUGGUGUAUUUGUGUGUUUGUCUCUUUGGUGUAUGUGUGUUUCUGUAUUUGUGUGUGUGUGUUUAUCAUAGGGCUUGUAUACAGUACAGCACUAGAAACAUUCCUGUCUCUAUAUAUUCAUAAAGUUCUUCUUGUUGUUCUUCAGGUGGCCGCCCAGCUCUCCAUGAGGGACUUUGAGCUGUUCCGUAACAUUGAGUCCACUCAGUACGUGGACGACCUCUUCAAGCUGCUGGAUUCCUCGGGGGGUCUCCAACAGACACACCUCAAGCAGUUUGAGGAGGUCAUCAACCAGGAGACCUUCUGGGUCGCCACGGAGAUCCUGAGGGAGCCCAACGCCAUGAAGAGGAUGAAGACCAUCAAACACUUCAUUAAGAUCGCCCUGCACUGUAGAGAGUGCAAGAACUUCAACUCCAUGUUCGCCAUCAUCAGGUGGGUUUAUUCUGGCUUCCAUCGUUGCUACCAGAUGUGUUUGCCUGGCUAGAAACCAGGAGAGCAGUCCCACACUCCUUGUUCUAUUCUCAAUCUGUUUCCAUUCAAGCAGUUUAUUGCAUCAGUGUACCCACAAUCAAAUAUCUGUCCCUUCUACUUAUUGCUUGUCAAAAUGUACAGUUAUUACAUUUAUGGUUUGUUAUUUUGUUAACUCAGACUUCUAUGGUUCGGCUUUGUAUUGCUACAUUGAGCUUCUGUUGUCCAUUAUGCCGUCAAUCCUCAGGGAGCUUUGUGUGUGUGUUCCCUACUGUCUGUGUCCUCCAAUGUGUAAUGAGUCAUUCUCAAGCCCACAUCUUCUCCGGCGCCAUUAUCAAUAAAAUAAUGACGCUGGAGAAGAUAGCUGCCGUUUUACAGCCUUCUAACCAAUUGUACUAUUAUGUGUGUUUUUCCACGUUAUUUGUAAUUUAUUCUGUACAUAAUGUUUUCUGCCAUCGUCUCUUAUAACCAAAAAUAGCUUCUGGAUAUCAGGACAGGGAUUACUCACCUCGUAUUGGACGAAUAAUUUUUCUUCAACAAGUCGGACGUGAAGGAUAUCCUACAGACCCCCGACAAGGCCCAAAUCCCCGUCAUUCGCAUGAGGAAGAGAUGGAGAUAUCGUGGACGUAGGUUGGGGUGCCUUGUAAGGAUCCGACAGCGAGCGAGUAAACUGCCUCUUACAUCAAUCCUAUUAGCCAAUCUUCAAACAUUUGAGAAUAAAUUGGAUGACCUAAGAUUACGGAUAUCCUACCAACGGGACAUUAAAAACUGUAAUAUCUUAUGUUUCACCGAGUCGUGGCUGAACGACGACAUGGACAACAUACAGCUAGCGGGCUAUACGCUACAUCGGCAGGAUAGAACGGCUGACUCCGGUAAGACAAGGGGUGGCGGUCUGUGUAUAUUUGUAAACAACAGCUGGUGCACAAAAUCAAAUACUAAGGAAGUCUCAAGGUUUUGCUCGCCUGAGGUAGAGUAUCUUAUGAUAAGCUGUAGACCACACUAUUUACCAAGAGAGUUUUCAUCUAUAUUUUUCAUAGCUGUCUAUUUACCACCACAAACCAAUGCUGGCAUUAAGAUUGCACUGAAUGAGCUGUAUUAGGCCAUAAGUGAACAGGAAAACGCUCAUCCAGAGGCAGCGCUCCUAGUGGCCGGGGACUUUAAUGCAGGGAAACUUAAAUCCGUUCUACCUCAUUUCUACCAGCAUGUUAAAUGUGCAACCAGAGGAGGAAAAAAAACUCUGGACCACCUUUACUCCACACACAGAGACGCAUACAAAGCUCUCCCUUGCCCUCCAUUUGGCAAAUCUGACCAUAACUCUAUCCUCCUCAUUACUGCUUAUAAGCAAAAACUAAAGCAGGAAGCACCAGUGACUCGGUUAAUAAAAAAGUGGUCAGAUGACGCAAAUGCUAAGCUACAGGACUGUUUUGCUAGCACAGACUGGAACAUGUUCUGGGAUUCUUCAGAUAGCAUUGAGGAGUACACCACAUCAGUCACUGGCUUCAUCAAUAAGUGCAUCGAUGAUGUCGUCCCCACAGUGACCCGUACGUACAUACCCCAACCAGAAUCCAUGGAUUACAGGCAACAUCCGCACUGAGCUAAAAUGUAGAGCUCCCGCUUUCAAGGAGCGGGACGCCAAGCUUCCUGCCAUCCAGGACCUCUAUACCAGGCGGUGUCAGAGGAAGGCCUUCAAAAUUGUCAAAGAAUCCAGCCACCCUAGUCAUAGACUGUUCUCUCUGCUACCGCACGGCAAGCGGUACCGGAGUGCCAAGUCUAGGUCCAAAAGACUUCUCAACAGCUUCUACCCCCAAGCCAUAAGACUCCUGAACAGCUAAUCAUGGCUACCCGGACUAUUUACACUGCCCCCCCCACCCCAUCUUUUUACGCUGCUGCUACUCUGUUAAUUAUUUAUGCAUAGUCACUUUAACUCUACCCACAUGUACAUAUUACUUCAACUACCUCAACUAGCCGGUGCCCCCGCACAUUGACUCUACACCGGUACCCCCCUGUAUAUAUAGCCUCCCUACUGUUAUUUUAUUUUACUUCUGCUCUUUUUUUCUCAAUACUUUUUAGUUGUUGUUUUAUUUUACUUUUUUAUUAAAAAUAAAUGCACUGUUGGUUAAGGGCUGUAAGUAAGCAUUUCACUGUAAUGUCUGCACCUGUUGUAUUCGGCGCAUCUGGCCAAUAAAAUGUGAUUUGAUUUAGAUCAGUCAGAUCAGUCAUUACACCUUACUGGCUGGAGAUUCCACUUCAGAGCAGAGAACAUGGAGGGGGCUCAUUCUAGAGCAGCGUUGCCAGGGGAGGGGGGAGGGGGGGGAGGCAGGGCAGGUUUGAAUGGGCUCCCGCGGUCCAUAUGUUGUCCACUCUGUCUCUGUGUGUCUCGAUACUCAUGUGCUUUCCUUCCCUUGCUUCCUGUCCUUCAUUUGCAUUGAUGUGAAGAGACUGGGAGGGGAUGACGAUGAGGUUUAACAGUGGGCCGCCUCUCAUCUGUCCACUUCCUUGAUAAGAGAGGAGGAAGGAAUGGAGACCAAGGCAGAAAACCACAAAGGAAAGGUUACAUUAAAAGGAAGCCACUACAUGAGAGUUUUGAGCCCUAACCUGUCUCUAGGUUCGUGUCCAGGGUGUACUUGUACAUCAAGCUGCCUCACGGUACAGACACAGGAGAUGGGCACCUGCUGCCCUAUUGGCCAUUCUGGCUUACCAUCUCUCCUUGGGUCCUCUAUAACAGUGGUCUGAACCCUAACCCCUGAACUCUGACCCUCGUCUCCUCCCCUACAGUGGUCUGAAUCUGGCUCCAAUAGCUCGUCUUAGGUCAUCGUGGGAGAAGCUGCCCAGUAAGUACGACAAGCUGUUCCAGGACCUGCAGGACAUCUUCGACCCAUCCAGGAACAUGGCCAAGUACCGCAAUGUCCUGAGCAGCCAGAGCAUGCAGCCUCCCAUCAUCCCCCUGUUCCCUGUUGUCAAGAAGGACCUCACCUUCCUACAUGAAGGUAUGGAGGCCUUUCUCAGUGCCCGCCUAAAAUGUCUUCCUCAUGUCCAUUGUAAACAUAUCUGAUUAAUUGAUCAAAACGUCAUCAUGUUGAAUUUACAAGGUGAACUUUUAGAUAGUUAAAGUAGUGUUUUUCUAUUGAGAAUGUUGCACCUUCCAGCAGUAUACUCUGUGUGCUGUACUAGCCUAUAUAACGUACAUCAUGCCUAAGUCAGGCACUCAUCAGACAAAAGACUGUUCUCAUGUCCAUUAGUCAGUAGCAUCAGCAUUUCAAAGACUUACUGUUUAACCCCUUUACACUCGUGAAAAUUGGUCUAUAUGGAUAGGGCCAAAUUGAAAUGUUUCUAACAGAAGAACUACAAAAAGCAUAUGCAUGACCAUAGCUAUUCAAAUAAAAUAAAAUAGUAUUUGUCACAUGCACCGAAUACAACAGGUGUAGACCUUACAGUUAAAUGCUUACUUACAAGCCCUUAACCAACAAUGCAGUUUUAAGAAAAAUAAGUGUUAAGUAAAAAAUGGAUAAGUAAAAAAUAAAAAUAAAAAAUGCAAAUAGUCCGGGUAGCCAUUUGAUUAGCUGUUCAGGAGUCUUAUGGCUUGGGGGUAGAAGCUGUUAAGAAGCCUUUUGGACCUAUACUUGGCCCUCCGGUACCGCUUGCCAUGCGGUAGCGGAGAGAACAGUCAAUGACUAGGGUGGCUGUGGAGUCUUUGACAAUUUUUAGGGCCUUCCUCUGACACCGCCUGGUAUAGAGGUCCUGUAUGGCAGGAAGCUUGGCCCCAUUGAUGUACUGGGCCGUAUGCACUACCCUCUGUAGACCUUGCGGUCGGAGGCCGAGCAGUUGCCAUACCAGGCAGUGAUGCAACCAGUCUGGAUGCUCUCGAUGGUGCAGCUGUAUAACCUUUUGAGGAUCUGAGGACCCAUACCAAAUCUUUUCAGUCUCCUGAGGGGGAAUAGGCUUUGUUGUGCCCUCUUCACGACUGUCUUGGUGUGUUUGGACCAUGAUAGUUUGUUGGUGAUGUGGACACCAAGGAACUUGAAGCUCUCAACCUGCUCCACUACAGCCCCGUCGAUGAGAAUGGGGGCGUGCUCAGUCCUCUUUUUUUUUUCUUGUAGUCCACAAUCAUCUCCUUUGUCUUGGUCACGUUGAGGGAGAGGUUGUUGUCCUGGCACCACACGGCCAGGUCUCUGACCUCCUCCCUAUAGGCUGUCCCAUCGUUGUCGGUGAUCAGGCCUAACACUGUUGUGUUGUCGGCAAACUUAAUGGUAGUGUUGGAGUCGUGCCUGGCCAUGCAGUCAUGGGUGAACAGAGAGUACAGGAGGGGACUGAGCACGCACCCCUGAGGGGCCCCCGUGUUGAAAGAGCACUGGAGAUUAUGGGGAAAUUGUCAGACAAAAGGUGAGGACACAACAGUUCAACUGACACAAGACUGAAUCCAAAUUACACUGUUGAUUUCAUGUGAAUUUUACAUUUACUGUACUUUUCACAGCAUUUGUCAAUAACAAAGUAUGAAAAUACUCUGGAAAUGUUCAGUAACAUGAUAAGAAUAUUCAUCGACAUUUUGGAGUAUGUGCAAGAUAAGGAAAAAAAACGAUUACAAGGGUUUGAAUGAGAGUUCUAGCUGGUGUUUCCAAGUGGCUACACACCUCCAAACUGUGCACAGUUCCUAAGUAAUGUCAAUGCACCUUUAUGACUCAAGCAAAAAGCCUUCAACUGUAAGGUGCUUUUGAUACUGUAAAUGACAUGCGUUUUCAAAUAUGGAAAUGUGAAGCGCACAUUUGGACUUAUGGGUGUGUGGUUUGCUUGUAUGACAUCAGAGGUAUUUAUUAUAAUACUCAACGUCUCAUCUUUCAGAACACAUCGACUCCUCUUGAUUUACAGUAUUUCCAUCUCAGACAACAACGAAUGUGCAAAAGUAACCCAAUUAGCGGGAGGGAUGGGGGCGUAUUCUUUGUCGCGUGCUGUGCUCACGUUUAUAACAGCUGUCAGUUAAAACCCAUACAGCGCUGUGAAGCGCAGAGCCAGAGCUCUGACGUCAUGUAUAGCAUGUUACUGUACAGCCACUACGUUCCAAUAUAGGCGCUUAUCAAUGACAGAAUCUGCUAUUUUUUUUAUUCAUAUACGGGAUGUCAUGGCCUGUGAGUGGAAAGGGCUACGAUGGAAAAUGCUUUCAUACCAUAUAGGGGUCAUUAACAUGUUGUUUCUGGGUGGAUUCCAUAUGGGCCUGGGUUUUCCACUUCCCCAUGCUCAGCUGAAACAGUGGUCAUUCUCAAGCUUGCUCAAGAGGUUUUACUUCUCUUAUCGCCUCCUUCUGCUUCCCUUUCUGCCAUCCCAUAAUAAGAACAAGUUAGAACAGACACGGAGGUUUCUUGAUUAUGCGAAGUUAAAAGUCCAUAAAUGGUAUAGUACUAAAACAGGAAACGGAUCAUUUGAUGAUGAUGAUUUUCAUCAUGUUGCCUUCACAGUGGGAUGUGUUGCACAGAGGGGAACCCAUUAAUCACAUGGUAUAGCAGGGGAACCCAUUGUAAUCACAUGAUAUAGCAGGGGAACCCAUUGUAAUCACAUGGUAUAGCAGGGGAACCCAUUGUAAUCACAUGGUAUAGCAGGGGAACCCAUUGUAAUCACAUGGUAUAGCAGGGGAACCCAUUGUAAUCACAUGGUAUAGCAGGGGAACCCAUUGUAAUCACAUGGUAUAGCAGGGGAACCCAUUGUAAUCACAUGGUAUAGCAGGGGAACCCAUUGUAAUCACAUGGUAUAGCAGGGGAACCCAUUGUAAUCACAUGGUAUAGCAGGGGAACCCAUUAAUCACAUGGUACUAGCAGGGGAACCCAUUAAUCACAUGGUACUAGCAGGGGAACCCAUUAAUCACAUGGUACUAGCAGGGGAACCCAUUAAUCACAUGGUACUAGCAGGGGAACCCAUUAAUCACAUGGUACUAGCAGGGGAACCCAUUAAUCACAUGGUACUAGCAGGGGUGUAGAUGCUGGAUAAUGAUGUGAGAAGUAAAUCAGUCACUCCCAUCUAAAGUGAAAAGCUGUGAGAACACAUCAACAGAUCCACGUUAAGUAACAGACUCCCUUCUAGAUCAGAAACCAGCGUUCGGCUCUUAAAUGCAUCCCAAUUAAAACAGGCUGAAGAAAACAUUGUUUGAGAGUCGACCUGUUGAGAGUGGUUACAUAUCUCCAGCCUUAUCCCCCAGAUAUUUACCAAAUCAAGUGGUGGGGGGUGAACGCUGUGUUUGUUUUUUUGUUUUUUCUAAUCAUAGAUUGCCCCUUUUAAUGAAGGUGAAGAAAAGCUCACUGACUGUUUCCCCCACAGGUAAUGACUCUCACGUAGACGGCCUGGUGAACUUUGAAAAGCUAAGGAUGAUUGCUAAGGAGAUCCGUCACGUGGUCCGUAUGACUUCAGCCAACAUGGACCCAGCUCUCAUGUUUAGACAGAGGUGGGUACUCUCUCCCCUGGCCCCAUACUGGAGCCCUUAACCACAGAUUUAGGUUUUUAGAUAAUAUUGAAAUAGAUUACAUGGACUCGGAUGACCUGAUCCCAGAUCAGCACUCAUACUUUGAGAUGCUUUAUGAAUAUGGGCCCUCCACCAAUCCUAACCUUAAAGUCAUAGAGCAAGAGUUCAUCUGACUCUUGGUAAGUAGAAAAGGGGCUUCAUUGCCAAACUAUCACACUAUACCUUUACCCAUUAGGGGGAUGACAUAAUAUCUGUUCCUCAGUGGUAUCAGUGGUUAGAGGUGACCUCUGUCUACUCUCUCUCUGCCACCAUACUGUAUCCUACAGUCCAGCUUGUCACAGACGGCGCAUGCCUGCCCUGUUCAGACUCCCUCCACACCAAGCAGCACCACUGCUCCCUUCAGACUCCCUCCACACCAAGCAGCACCACUGCUCCCUUCAGACUCCCUCCACACCAAGCAGCACCACUGCUCCCUUCAGACUCCCUCCACACCAAGCAGCACCACUGCUCCCUUCAGACUCCCUCCACACCAAGCAGCACCACUGCUCCCUUCAGACUCCCUCCACACCAAGCAGCACCACUGCUCCUUCCAGACUCCCUCCACACCAAGCAGCACCACUGCUCCCUUCAGACUCCCUCCACACCAAGCAGCACCACUGCUCCCUUCAGACUCCCUCCACACCAAGCAGCACCACUGCUCCCUUCAGACUCCCUCCACACCAAGCAGCACCACUGCUCCCUUCAGACUCCCUCCACACCAAGCAGCACCAGUGCCCCCUAUACAUUCACUCUCAAAACAGAAAUGAUCAACACACCCUUCUCUCCAUUGUCUCACUGCUGCUGUAGAUGAUGUAAAAACAGAAGUUGGAUUCACUGAGUUGCACCUUUUAGUAUAACUAUUUAAACAGAUACUGAUUUUAGGUAAAGCCGACAAUCCUCCACCACAUUUCAUUUGGCAAACACACAUACACACACACUGUUGAUAUAGGGACUCGGGAGAGGUCCUGUGUGUGUCCCCAUCCUCUGUCUCCUCCAGUGGUGACUGUGCCUCUGUCCUUCCUUGACUGUACUGUUUCAUUAAACCACAUUGCUUCAAUGUCAUUGGGUCUUACUUGCAGGAAGAAGAGGUGGAAGAGUUUAGGGUAAGUCCCCUUGUAAUAGUCCAGCCACCCAGUCACCAUGCAUCCCCUCCCCCCAGUCAUCAUGCCUCCCCUCCCCCCAGUCACCAUGCAUCCCCUCCCCCCAGUCAUCAGCGCCCUCCCAAACCGCAUGCCCCUUUCGUGUGUCGAUCGGUCCACUAUCCAAAAGUUCACCUAAAUCCAUCCUAUCCAAAAGUUCACCAUUGGAUCAGAUGAGUCUGUUUUGCAUUGUGUGUGCAUCCUGCAUUUUACCCAGAUUCAUUUAAUUUUCUAACCGUUUUCUUCAUCAAACAGAAUGUUAUUUUUUGUUAUUAAUUUACCAAUUUUUCUAGCAUGGUGGAUUAGCGAGAGGCAUCCUUGUUGCAUGGUUGUUUAUAACCUGCUAUGCUCCAAUGCACUGUAUACAGAAUCAUGUUUAGUGACCUUCCCAUCAGUUAUAAAGUGCUUUCUGAAUGUCCAGAGUGUGCUACAGUGACAGUUUGACAGGAAGGUAAUAGUUUUGAGAGACUGCAUGACCAUAACCUGCAGAGCAUGUCUGUUUGGUGUCUCUUUCCCUGUUUAAUGUCUCCGCUGAAGUCCUGAAUAACUGACCGGUCUCCCUCCCUGUUUAAUGUCUCCGCUGAAGUCCUGAAUAACUGACCGGUCUCCCUCCCUGUUUAACGUCUCCGCUGAAGUCCUGAAUAACUGACCGGUCUCGCUCCCUGUUUAACGUCUCCGCUGAAGUCCUGAAUAACUGACCGGUCUCGCUCCCUGUUUAAUGUCUCCGCUGAAGUCCUGAAUAACUGACCGGUCUCCCUCCCUCCAUUCCUCUCUUAUUCUCUUCAUCCCUACCUCCAUCUGUCCCUUCCUUUCUCUCCCCAUACUUCUCUCCGUUGCUCCUUCCAUUCCUCACUCCAUCCAGGUCUCUGAGUCAGGGCAGCACCAACUCCAACAUGUUAGACGUGCAGGGCGGGGCCCAUAAGAAGCGUGUGCGUCGCAGCUCGCUGCUCAACGCUAAGAAGCUGUACGAGGACGCUCAGAUGGCCCGUAAGGUCAAGCAGUACCUGUCCAACCUGGCAGUGGAGAUGGAGGAGGAGAAACACCAGACCAUGUCUCUACAGUGUGAGCCUGCCUACAGCACCUGUGAGUCUGAGUCAACACCUUAACUACCAUUUUGGUGGCCAGAUGCAACAAUGUAUAACACAGGGUCUAUUUAAAUUGAAGGCAGUCAAUUCAGGAAGUGAUUUGAAUUUAAAAUAAAAAUGGAAAUAAAUAGAUGCCCUUUUUUCAGUUAUUGAAUUGGAACGUCAGUUUACUUCCUGAAUUGACCCCAACCCUGGUAUAAUACUUAUAAUCACACCAAGUAAUACUAGGCUAUAUCAUCUCUUUUUCACCACUGACUGUGGCAGGGUUGGAUAUUCUCUGAACUCUGAUGUUCCCAGCUGCCCACAGAGAUGGACUGUCACAGAACUGCGUCAUUUUAGUCUCCUACACAUAUAAUCCAAAAUGUUUUGGGGUUUGUCUAAUCUCUCCACAGUAGUUAUUAAACACCCACUGUAGUAGUACUUUCAGGGGAACAACACCUGACAACAUGGGACAAAUGGAACAAAUGUGUCCCUGACAAAUGGGACAACAUUUCCUCGAUUCACUUGGAAUUAAGUUUUGUUCACUUGAGUGUUUAUCUUGCCGUACACUGCCUCCUAGUGGGCAGUAGAUGUUUCACAUUCUGCAUGGCCAUACUGAGAGAAGAGGAGUUAUGCCUUGUUUAAAAAUGAAUCAAGUGCUGUAGUAAUAUUAUUCAUAUUCCCACAAAUUAAAACAAUUACUUUUAGCAAGAGGCCGUACAAAUAUACCCAUUUCAUUGAUCUUCCUAUACAUUUGUCAGACAUUUCAUUUUUCUGUCUGUGACCACCUUGUUGUCUUAGCUUCUUCUUUUUCCUCUCUGUGUUGACUAUGUUUACACACCAACCCUCUGGAGUAACUCCUCUCCUGGUCAGGCCAUUCAUAGUGCUGCUGUUUCUGUGAUUACUGUCUUUCUGCACGGGAACAUAAUAAUCUUGCAAUGCCUGGUGCAAGAUUAAUUAUUUCCUGUUUCGAUGACUGCAGUGUCCAAGAACAUGAGCGAGCGACGGUCCACCAAGUCGGACAUGUCUCCCGUGUCGCUGCGCUCGCCGCUGCCCGGGGGGAAGACCCAGAACCGCGUAUCUCAGGUGCUCCAGGUCCAGGUGCCCCUCUACCCUCUACGGAAGAAGAGCACCACCAAGGACAUUCACACCGCACAUAGUGAGUCACUGGAACUGUUACUCUCUUCUAGGAUUGCAAACUUUCACAAAAUCCCCAGGUUUUCCAGAAAUCCCGGUUGGAAGAUUCUCGGGAUAGAAAUAACAUCAGAAGAUAUGCUUUGCUAUACAUUUCAAGGACAAUUUAGUUUGACUACAGUAUCUGUUAGUCAAUGUAAACAUGUUGCAUAUUAGUGAUUUUAUAGUGAGUAAAUGUUAAAAACAAUAUUAUGAUGUCUUGUGGGUGAUUUAUUUAUAUAUUUUUAUUAACCUUUAUUUAUCCAGAAAGUCCCAUUGAGGUCAGAAUACCUAUUUUACAAGGGAGACAUGGCCAAAUUGAUGAUAUUCUGUAGUAAAAUAAUGGUGUAUGUACCCACUGUAUGGGUCCCUCUCUAACAGUGUAUGUCCCUGUCUGUCCCAGUGCAUUCGGAAAGUAUUCAGACCCCUUGACUUUUUCUGUAUUAUGUUACAUUACAGCCUUAUUCUAAAAUGGAUUAAAUAAUUUUUUUUCCUCAUCAAUACCCCAUAAUGACAAAGCAAGUUUUUGGAAACGUUACCUUAUUACCAGAAUUACCUUAUUUAAAUACACUACCGGUCAAAAGUUUUAGAACACCUACUAAUUCAAAGGUUUUUCUUUAUUUUUACUCAUUUCUACAUUGUAGAAUAAUAGUGAAGACAUCAAAACUAUGAAAUAACACAUAAGGAAUCAAGUAUUAACCAAAAAAGUGUUAAAGAAAUCAAAAUAUAUUUUAUAUUCUUCAAAUAGCCACCCUUUGCCUUGAUAUGACAGCUUUGCACACUCUUGGCAUUCUCUCAACCAGCUUCACAUAGAAUGCUUUUCCAACAGUUUUGAAAGAGUUCCCACAUAUGCUGAGCACUUGUUGGCUGCUUUUCCUUCACUCUGCGGUCCGACUCAUCCCAAACAAUCUCAACUUGGUUGAGGUCGGAGGAUUGUGGAGGCCAGGUCAUCUGAUGCAGCACUCCAUCACUCUCCUUCUUGGUAAAAUAGCCAUACACAGCCUGGAGGUGUGAUGGGUCAUUGUCCUGUUGAAAAACAAAUGAUAGUCCCACUAAGCCCAAACCAGGUGGGAUGGUGUAUAUCGCUGCAGAAUGCUGUGGUAGCCGUGCUGGUUAAGUGUGCCUUGAAUUCUAAGUAAAUCACAGACAGUGUCACCAGCAAAGCACCCCCACACCAUAACACCUCCUCCUCCAUGCUUCACGGUGGGAAAUACACAUGCGGAGAUCAUCCGUUCAUCCACACCGUGUCUCACAAAGGCACGGCGGUUGGAACCAAAAAUCUCACAUUUGGACUGCAGACCAAAGGACAAAUUUCCACUGGUCUAAUGUCCGUUGCUCGUGUUUCUUGGCCCAAGCAAGUCUCUUCUUCUUAUUGGUGUCCUUUAGUAGUGGUUUCUUUGUAGCAAUUCAACCAUGAAGGCCUGAUUCACACAGUCUCCUCUGAACAGUUGAGUUUGAGAUGUGUCUGUUACUUGAACUCUGUGAAGCAUUUAUUUGGGCUGACAUUUCUGAGGCUGGUAACUCUAAUGAACUUAUCCUCUGUAGCAGAGGUAACUCUGGGUCUUCCAUUCCUGUGGCGGUCCUCAUGAGAGCCAGUUUCAUCAUAGUGCUUAAUGGUUUUUGCGACUGCAGUUGAAGAAACUUUCAAAGUUUUUGAAAUGUUCCGUAUUGACUGACCUUCAUGUCUUAAAGUAAUGAUGGACCGUUUGCUUAUUUGAGCUGUUCUUGCCAUAGUAUGGACUUGGUCUUUUACCAAAUAGGGCUAUCUACCCUCCCACCUUGUCACAACACAACUGAUUGGCUGAAACACAUUAAGAAGGAAAUAAAUUCCACAAAUUAAGUUUUAAGAAGGCACACCUGUUAAUGAAAUGCAUUCCAGGUGACUACCUCAUGAAGCUGGUUGAGAGAAUGCCAAGAGUGUGCAAAAGCUGUCAUCAAGGCAAAGGGUGGCUAUUUGAAGAAUCUCAAAUAUAAAAUAUAUUUUGAUUUGUGUAACACUUUCUUGGUUACUACAUGAUUCCAUAUGUGUUAUUUCAUAGUUUUAAUGUCUUCACUAUUAUUCUACAAUGUUGAAAAUAGUAACAAUAAAGAAAAACCCUUGAAUGAGUAGGUGUUCUAAAACUUUUUUGACCGGUAGUGUAAGUAUUCAGACCCUUUGCUACGAGACUCGAAAUUGAGCUCAGGUGCAUCCUGUUUCCAUUGAUCAUCCUUGAGAUGUUUCUACAACUUGACUGGAGUCCACCUUAGGUAAAUUCAAUUGAUUGGACAUGAUUUGGAAAGGCACACAACUGUCUAUAUAAGGUCCCACAGUUGACAGUGCAUGUCAGAGCAAAAACCAAGCCAUGAGGUCGAAAGAAUUGUCCGUAGAGCUCCGAGACAGGAUUGUGUCAAGGCACAGAUCUGGGGAAGGGUAACAAAACAUUUCUGCAGCAUUGAAGGUCCCCAAGAACACUGUGGCCUCCAUCAUUCUUAAAUGGAAGAAGUUUGGAACCACCAAGACUCUUCCUAGAGCUGGCUGCCCGGCCAAACUGAGCAAUCGGGGGAGAAGGGCCUUGGUCAGGGAGGUGACCAAGAACCCGAUGGUCACUCUGACAGAGCUCCAGAGUUCUUCCGUGAUGAUGGGACAACCUUACAGGAGGACAACCAUCUCUGCAGCACGCCACCAAUCAGGCCUUUAUGGUAGAGUGGCCAGACGGAAACCACUCCUCAGGAAAAGGCACAUGACAGCCCGCUUGGAGUUUGCCAAAAGGCACCUAAAGGACUCUCAGACCAUGAGAAACAAGAUUCUCUGGUCUGAUGAAACCAAGAUUGAACUCUUUGGCCUGAAUACCAAGCGUCACAUCUGGAGGAAACCUGGCACCAUCCCUACGGUGAAGCAUGGUGGUUGCUGUGGGGAUGUUUUUCAGCAGCAGGGACUGGGAGACUAGUCCGGAUCGAGGGAAAUAUGAACGGAGCAAAGUACAGAGAGAUCCUUGAUGAAAACCUGCUACAGUGCUAAGGACCUCAGACUGGGGCGAAGGUUCACCUUCCAACAGGACAACGACCCUAAGCACACAGCCAAGACAACGCAGAAGUGGCUUCGGGACAAGUCUCUGAAUGUCCUUGAGUGGUCCAGCCAGAGCCCGGACUUGAACCCGAUCGAACAUCUCUGUAGAGACCUGAAAAUAGCUGUGUAGCGAAGCUCCCCAUCAAACCUGACAGAGCUUGAGAGGAUCUGCAGAGAAGAAUGGGAGAAACUCCCCAAAUACAGGUGUGCCAAGCGUGUAGCGUCAUACCCAAGAAGACUCAAGGCUAUAAUCGCUGCCAAUGGUGCUUCAACAAAGUACUGAGUAAAGGAUCUGAAUACUUAUGUAAAUGUGAUAUUUCAUUUUUUGUAUACAUUUGCAAACAUUUCUAAAAACCAAUUUUUGCUUUGUCAUUAUGGGGUAUUGUGUGUAGAUUGAUGAGGAAAAAAUACAAUUUAAUCUAUUUUAGAAUCAGCCAACGUAAGAAAAUGUGGAAAAAGUCAAGGGGUCUGAAUACUUUCCGAAUGCACUGUAUAUCUUUCUCUCUCUCUCCCCCUCAUAGACUAUAACAGUGUAUAUCUUCUCUCUCUCUCUCCCUCUCUCAGACUCCAGCUCUCCCCAGGUGAUAAAGAAGCCUCCCAGCUCCCAGCUCAGCCAAUUAGAGGACAGUCCCUGGAUUGGGAGGAGGCCUGCUGAAGACACCGUGUCCACUGUUUCCUCCCUGCACUCCAGCCCCACCGUCUCGCCACAGGGCUCCCCUCGCAAAGGUCUACACCCUGGCUACCUCACAUUACCUCUCACAACAGCAUCUACUCCAAUCCAUUCAUUCAUCUCACAACUCAUACCCAUAACUCAGAACCAAGCAUACCCAUUCUUCAUCGAAGGUUUGUACCUCACCGUCAGUACCCUCUAUAUAUCAGCACCUCAACCCAGCAUCCCUCACCCACAGGACAUACACAUACAUACACAUCUUGCUGUAGUCCUAUUCCCUCAUCUCACCUAUCCAUACUGUAAUUUAGUGUCAUCUUAAUCAGGCACCUCAGUCAUUCUUCCCGUCUCUCCUCUCCUGUGUUUGUCUACAGUGGGUGGCGUGGCCAAGCCCCAGCGUAACACCAACAGCCAGAUGAACCGGUCUGGCUCGUCGUCCUCUCUGACCAGCGAGGCCACCACCAAGGCAGGCACGGCUGGCAGCCGCAGCUACGGCAUAGGUGGGGCUCUCCUCCACAAGAGGUUCCUGCAGAUGACCAGGCAGCACAUCAGAGACAGGGAGGAAGGCAGGGACAGAGAGAUGGAUGUGCUGAUGGAGGUGGAGACAGAGCAGGCAGGGCCAGGGAUGAUGAGCCACUCUGGGCCCCAUGGAGACCCAGAAGCAGGGGCCGCAAAGGCCACCAGGCCAGGGACCCCCGCUCCCCAGACAGAGACCUCGACAGUGCCAGAGUCUCUAACCCCCCCCAGGCCCAGACUACCAGAGUCCCCCCUGAGGAAGAGGCUGAGGGAGCUGUCCCCAUUCAGGAUGCUGAGGGAGAGGAGUCAGUCUAGGGAAAGGCUGGCUGCAGUGCUAGUGGCUAGGACACCAGUGGAGGGUCCGGGGCAGACGGGGCCCUCUGAGGCCCAGGAUUGUAGCCCAGGACAGAGACAGGCUGAGCAGGUCAAAGGGCAGGCAAGGAGGUCAGCCAGCCCCAGCAGGGCCUUUGCAUGGCUCUGCAGAGACCGACACAAGAGGAGAAAGACUAUCUGACAGAUUGACAGACAGACUGAGGAAGUAGCACAGUAGUCCCUGUGUAGAAUAAUGAACACUGAAGUUGGCUUAGAGGACAGAGACAAUCUGCUAGACUGAGGAAGUACAUUUUGUGGAAGUGAACUGAAGAAGUAUGUUAUGUGUACAGAAAGUUUUGUCAUGAGUUUUCAGCAGUUAAUUGAAAGAUGUUGGUGAACGUUUUCAGGUAUUGUAUCAUACAUGUUAGUGAUGGUUCAGUCCAAGUUGAUCUACAACGAAGUGAGAGUAUGCAUAAUGAUUUUAAAAGGCAGCUAGAUUUAAUAUGCAGUAUGAUCUUGAGUUUUCAGAAUGUGUUACCUAAAUACUUAGAUUAGAAUUAGAAUAGAUUCAAUAUUACAAUAUUUGAAGACCUUAGAUGUUGGACUGUAUUUCUGACAUUUCUAAGAUAGUAUAAGGUAAGUUAAGCAUGUUGUAUUCAAGAGGCUCCACAGGUCAACUGCAAUGUGACUGUAAAGAUGCUCCCAAUUUCAACUGUUUUAACUGAUUAUUAGUUUUCUACAUAUGUUAUUGAUGAGCAUGGGAGAAACUAACACUGAAAAUAUAUAUAUAUUUUCUAUACAGGAUUUCCAUUUUUGAAAUAAAAGAGUUUCAUGAAACCGGUCCAGAUCAGUGUUUGACAUGCUGCUGAUCUGUAUGUAGAGCACCUGUAGUAGAUGUUAGAUCUAGUGAAGGUUGGUAGAGGCUGUGUGGAUGACCACUUCUCCAGGCUGAUCAUCUCCUCCACGCUCCCCCCCAGGCUAUGCCUUGAUGCCUGCAGGGAAGUCAGACAACCUGUCCGACUCCAGCCACAGUGAGAUCUCGUCCCGCUCCAGCAUCGUCAGUAACUGCUCUGUGGACUCCAUGCCUGCUGGCCCUGCAGAGGAGCGCCAAGGCAUCAAGACCAGGGAUACCACCGAGACCCCGGGCACCACCACGCAACUCACACAUGCCAACUCUGACUGCAGCCAGCCCAGCACCAGGUAACACACACACAGUAACACUCACACACUCACACUUACACACACACACACAUACACACACACACACACACAUCGUAUACCUCCUCAAAGCAGACCCCCACCUCUCCCCCCUCCCCUCCAAGCUUGGUUCCAAUAAUGUCCUUGGCUCAUUAAAGCACAGUGGACAGGAAAUCGUAAAAGGACCACUGUUUAUCAACAUCACAUGUUUACUCACUCAGUCCCACAUUAACUGUGCUGCCACUUUUAUGUGGGACAGCUUUUAAUUCCAAUAAGUAAACAACCCCCUUUACUGUCCCUCCAGGAUGAGGCCUCCCUGGCAUAAAUAUGAUAUACUUCUUGGUCACAAUAAUCUCCUUUUGUAUCAUAUUUUAUUACCUGGGAACCUGCUGCAGCGGCGGUGGCAGUCUGUUCAUUAAAUGUUGUUUAUUUGAACUCCCGGCACGCUCCGUAAAAACCAUUUAGGUGAAUCAAACAGUGUCUGGUUAAUGGAAGAGGAGAGGAGCACAACUUUACUGUAUGGUGAGUGCAGUGAUAAAUCCUAAAGACACUGUGUGCUCUGCAGUGUUGUGAGACUGAUUGGGAUAUUUGGGGAUGGAUGGUGGAGGCUACAGGACAUAUUAAACAGGAAUAGUUCACCUGGUUGCUUUGUUGACUUGUCUUGCUUCUCCUUGUUUCAUGUUGUCCCUGUCGUGUUUUUCUCCUGGUCAGUUGAUUGUUCUUCUGUUUCAUUGUGUUUCCUUCUCUCUCUUCCUAUUCAGUUCUUCUGUUUCAUUGUUUCCUUCUCUCUCUUCCUAUUCAGUUCUUCUCUGUUUCCUUGUGUUUCCUUCUCUCUCUUCCUAUUCAGUUCUUCAAUGUUUCAAACUUUAAUUGUUUCCUUCUCUCUUCUCCUGGUCAGUUUGUCUUUGGUGCAGGGCCAGGUGACGCAGGGCUCCACCUUCACCUCCUCCAUCUCCACAGAGGAGCUGACCCCCGACCACGCUUCCCUGGACAGUGUGGUCGACAGCGGGCGAGGAAGCUGGACCUCCUGCUCCUCCAACUCCCAUGACAGCUUCCAGAGCCUGCCUGUUCACCUGCUAGGCCUGGGGGUUGGCCGACCCCCUGCCUGGGACCACCUGGCACCUGGGGUCUUCCGCCACACCCAGCUAGCAGGGCCUAUAGCAGAGGUGGAGGCUGGGCCUGCCGGGGCAGGGGUAGUGGGAGCACCAGUGGCGUUGUCCGGGGGAGGAGAGGACGCCAAGAGGCUCUCCAGAGACAGUUCAGAGCUCAACCAAUCACGGCAGAGCUGGGCCUCGUCAUCCUCGCUGUCUGACACCUAUGAGGGGAACUACGGCACAAUCAAACGCCGCACUGCAGACGGCGCCUCAAAUGCCCCUGGGGAGGGGCACGACGCACCCCAAAGCACAGCCCCCAUCUACAAAACAGUCACUUCAAGCACAGAGAAAGGCCUCAUAGGUGAGGGUCCACUGUGUGUCUUCUCCUUCACCUCUACUGUACUGUGGUGUUAGUGUGUAACUGUAAACCCCACUUGUGACAUGCUGUGUGUAGAUGGGUGUGUGUGGAGGAACGACAACAGCAGAUUUCUACACUUUUUUUCCCCCUUUCUUAUGGCUUUUGAUGCACUCACUUUGGCUGGCCACCAGUCUCAAAACCAGCUGUGGCACAAAAUGCUUCAGUUUUUUCACUCAUGCUGCGUGAGACUGUCCAUGGAACUGCAGUAUAGUGGGAUUCUGUAACCGGGCUCCCCUGCUUGUGCUAUUUGCUCAGCUGCAUUUACUACUACUCUACCACAUACUGUAUUCUCCAGCUGGUCUACUUCUCUAACCUGUGAAUCAGGCUUUUCCUGUUUAGUUCAUCUUCUGUAAUGCAGCAGAGACUGUGUUCUGUAAUGCAGCAGAGACUGUGUUCUGUAAUGGAGCAGAGACUGUGUUCUGUAAUGCAGCGGAGACGGUGUUCUGUAAUGGAGCGGAGACUGUGUUCUGUAAUGGAGCGGAGACGGUGUUCUGUAAUGCAGCGGAGACGGUGUUCUGUAAAGCAUCGAAGACGGUGUUCUGUAAUGCAGCGGAGACGGUGUUCUGUAAUGCAGCAGAGACUGUGUUCUGUAAUGCAGCGGAGACAGUGUUCUGUAAUGCAGCGGAGACUGUGUUCUGUAAUGGAGCGGAGACGGUGUUCUGUAAUGGAGCGGAGACGGUGUUCUGUAAUGGAGCGGAGACGGUGUUCUGUAAUGGAGCGGAGACGGUGUUCUGUAAUGCAGCGGAGACAGUGUAAUGGAGCGGAGACGGUGUUCUGUAAUGCAGCGGAGACGGUGUUCUGUAAAGCAUCGAAGACGGUGUUCUGUAAUGCAGCGGAGACGGUGUUCUGUAAUGCAGCAGAGACUGUGUUCUGUAAUGCAGCGGAGACAGUGUAAUGCAGCGGAGACUGUGUUCUGUAAUGCAGCGGAGACGGUGUUCUGUAAUGCAGCGGAGACGGUGUUCUGUAAUGGAGCGGAGACGGUGUUCUGUAAUGCAGCAGAGACGGUGUUCUGUAAUGCAGCGGAGACGGUGUUCUGUAAUGCAGCGGAGACUGUGUUCUGUAAUGCAGCAGAGACUGUGUUCUGUAAUGCAGCGGAGACGGUGUUCUGUAAUGCAGCGGAGACGGUGUUCUGUAAUGGAGCGGAGACGGUGUUCUGUAAUGCAGCAGAGACUGUGUUCUGUAAUGCAGCAGAGACUGUGUUCUGUAAUGCAGCGGAGACGGUGUUCUGUAAUGCAGCGGAGACGGUGUUCUGUAAUGCAGCAGAGACUGUGUUCUGUAAUGCAGCGGAGACAGUGUAAUGCAGCGGAGACUGUGUUCUGUAAUGCAGCGGAGACGGUGUUCUGUAAUGCAGCGGAGACGGUGUUCUGUAAUGGAGCGGAGACGGUGUUCUGUAAUGCAGCAGAGACUGUGUUCUGUAAUGCAGCGGAGACAGUGUAAUGCAGCGGAGACUGUGUUCUGUAAUGCAGCGGAGACGGUGUUCUGUAAUGCAGCGGAGACGGUGUUCUGUAAGGGGGUUUGCAGCGGAGACGGUGUUCUGUAUGCAGCGGAGACGGGUGUAAUGCAGCGGAGACUGUGUUCUGUAAUGCAGCGGAGACAGUGUAAUGCAGCGGAGACAGUGUUCUGUAAUGCAGCGGAGACUGUGUUCUGUAAUGCAGCGGAGACUGUGUUCUGUAAUGCAGCGGAGACUGUGUUCUGUAAUGCAGCGGAGACGGUGUUCUGUAAUGCAGCGGAGACGGUGUUCUGUAAUGCAGCGGAGACGGUGUUCUGUAAUGGAGCGGAGACGGUGUUCUGUAUGGAGCGGAGACGGUGUUCUUGUAAUGCAGCGGAGACUGGGUUCUGUAAUGCAGCGGAGACGGUGUUUCUGUAAUGGAGCAGAGACGGUGGGGUUCUGUAAGGAGCAGAGACGGUGUUCUGUAAUGGAGCACGAGACUGUGUUCUGUAAUGGAGCAGAGACGGUGUUCUGUAAUGGAGCAGAGACGGUGUUCUGUAAUGGAGCAGAACGGUGUUCUGUAAUGAGCAGAGACGGUGUUCUGUAAUGGAGCAGAGACGGUGUUCUGUAAUGGAGCAGAGACGGUGUUCUGUAAUGGAGCAGAGACGGUGUUCUGUAAUGGAGCAGAGACGGUGUUCUGUAAUGGAGCAGAGACGGUGUUCUGUAAUGGAGCAGAGACGGUGUUCUGUAAUGGAGCAGAGACGGUGUUCUGUAAUGGAGCAGAGACGGUGUUCUGUAAUGGAGCAGAGACGGUGUUCUGUAAUGGAGCAGAGCACAGCAAUAAUGGAUGUGUCCCAAAUGGCACCCUAUUCCCUAUAAAGUGCACUACUUUUGACCAGGGUUUCCUAUAUACUCCUUAUUUAAUGCACUACUUUUGACCAGGGCCCAUUGGGCUCUGGUCAAAAGGAAUGCACAGGGUGCCAUUUGGGACGAAGCCUAUGUAUCGUCCUCUGACUGGAUGGACAGGAGGAUUAAAAAGUAGGUCCGGGACAAUACCAGUAUCACUAUAUGUUUUCCAUUGCAAAUCUAAAAAACACAAAGCAGACCACACUCUUUGGUCCUUUUAAAAACAUGUUGUAUGUAAAAUAUUGUGCUGUAGCUUGGAAAAUAAAUUAAUGUGACUCUGGAUGACAACACGUUUGUUUCCAACAUUAGGGCUGUUUUCCUAAAGAAGUUAAAUCUGCUUUGUGUUUUGUUUCCUUGUUACGAUAUUAACGAGUAUCGCGAUACUGGUAUUGUCCUGGCCCUAUUGAAGAGCAGUAUAGUACAGUAUAGUACAGUAUAGUACAGUACAGUAUAGAACAGGCCAAAUCUGCUGCUGCCAUUCAUCUCACACACCAACCACCUGCCUGUCUAUCUCUUUAUGUCAGUGGUUUAGUAGCUACAUAGUGGUGCUGAAACAUCUCAUUGAUUUAUUUUCUCCAUUUUUGUUUCUUUUCUCCCUCCUUCCCUCCCUCCCCACUUCAUCACUGUCACACCUCCCUCCCCUGUCUCCUCCCCCAUUCCUGGUGGCCAGUGUAUUGUGUAACCUCUCCCACCAAGGACGAUAGGUACAGGGGACCUCCCCCCACCCCUCCAGGAUACCAGGGCCUCACCCUGGUUAAUGGACGGGAUGGAGCUCCCCAACGGCUCCCCCACUUGCGGCCACCCGACUAUAGUGUGGCCCUGCAGAGGUCUAAGCUGCUACAGAGCCCCGGAGGCCUGGUGGAGGCCCGGCGCCUGGGGGUGAACCACCACCACGAGUCCCAGGGCCAGUCCAGGCCAGCCAGCGUCUGCCUACAGGGCCUAGGGGAUAGUGAGGAUGGUACGUGGAGAAAGACCGAGACCAGCCCCAGACAGGGACAACAUGGAGGACUA